ACUCAGUCUGUCUGUCUGAACGUUGCGGGGGCUCUCCAACCGACACUCUAACUCUGAAAACAUAAUCACACGCAAAGGCCGAUUGCGUGGAUAUCAUGCAGUCACAUGAGACCACAUUAAUUCUUGCUGAUAAACGCGCGAACCAUCUCUCCCCUUCCUCUUUUUGGUGCUUUUGGUUGUGUGUGUAAUCGAGGGGGGAGACACCGCAAUUCAGAGACGGGGAAAACAGGAAUGUUUCUUCCGGUUCCAAAGAGUGAAAAAACGGAACGGAAGCCGAAGUGGUAAGUUUACAUUUCUGUCAUCCUCUUCUUUGUGACCAAAAACUUCAUUUGUGUCGCUUUCUUCUGUCUUUUUUUAACAACUCGUGCUUUAGGCGUCUCAACACUUACAGGAGCCAGCUUUUUAAAUCGAUGCGUCGUUAUCAAAUCGCCUAAUCAAUAAUCUAUUGGUUCGGCAGCGGACGGAGUCACCUGCCAUAUGUCACCUAACAAACAUAAUAACCCUACGCCAAAUGUAAUGGCACUAUUUCUUGUAGAAAGAAAUCUUACAGAUAAUGUCUUUCGUACUUUGUAAAGGCUUUUACGGCAGUUUAAAGGAUGUUUAAUCGAAAAUAAUGAGGAAAAAGGUCAAAUUUGUGUGGUAUCUCCAUUAUAACUGCCAGCUAACAGCGAGCUACGAAACUAACUUCUGCCGUAUUAACGGUUAACGUUAGGAUAUCGAAACGCCCCCCACCCGCUCCCCCCAAAAAUGUCACUGACGUUACACCAGUAGGUUACACCGUGACUUGAAUAUAUACAUACAUACUUUAGCUGAUUAUUUACAGUAUUAUCCUGCUCUGUGGCUGAGCUAUAUCGGAUAUCCAAUACCCGAUAAACGAGCUGCACUCGUGUUUGCUAUGAAAUAAGUGUGGGUCAAAAUCUGCUUGUUAGCAUGGACUGCAUAUAGUGUUGCCCUGUACAUAUUCCCACCCAGCCUAUCCAUGUUAAUGUUUUUUUUUUUUACAAAGCUAUUAAACAUCUACUAACGCUACAGUAAAUCUUCCUGCCCUGUGUGGUGUAUAUAAGGCCAACCCAUGUGACAGCACCAGCAUGGGUCUUUAUAAAAGUGUACAAGAUUUAAUAUGGAAUAAAAACACAACAAAUUAUGACAGCUCAUUAAUUUUUUGACAUGUUUAUUUGAAAUGGACUAGUAUAGAACAUGUGAACUGAAGCCACAUACCAAAGCAUUUAUAGAUCAGACCUUUACACAGAUGCAACUUACAAAACGUAAACUACAAAAGAUAGGCCUAGGGUUCAGUAACUCAACACGUAGAACUUAACAAUGAUGCAGAUAGAUCAAAACAAGAGGCCAGUUGGAUUGAGACAUCAGUAAACAAGACUUACAUAACUCAAAAACCCACAACUAACCCUUUUUGUUUUCUUUAUUUCAGUUUGGCUGCAGUCAGAAUUCAGUAUGAGUUAAGCAGGUCAGGCAUUUAAUUCGCCGAUCCCCUAAACAGAAAAAGCUGUUUGUCCAAGCAGGGAUUUAGAGCUAAACGUGACACAUGAAUGAGUUUGCAGUUGCUCUCUCGGCCUAUUUGCUUCUGACAUAUAUAAUGCAAAUGAUUCUGUAAUGGGUUUUGUAGUGAUAUGGGAUUGGCAGGGCUGUAAUUAUCCAAACCAGGACCACAAACAAGACUACACAAGAUCUAAAAAUGUACAAACAGCCCAUAUGUAGGCCUACUUAAAGUUAUAAAAAUAACUCAAAGAGCAGUCUUCUGUUAUAUCACAUCGCUGGAGCUUUUUGUCAGGUUUCCUCCGAGUUAAACCCCUUAAGUUGUUGGCAUAUCAAGCAAACUGCAGAACAAAGUUAUCACAGGCAAAUAGGAGACUUUAUUUGGCAUCUGUAGUACCUUAGAUCAAGCCAAGUCCAUCAGCCGAUAUGGACACAACGAACUGCUUUCAUUACUACAGCAGGGUAGUGGGAAAAUCUACUGUAUACAAGAGGUGGUGCAUCCCGCUCUAUGACAUCAGAAAAGGGGCCAGAAAUGUUAAAUCUCCAGUGGAUUCAGUAGGAGCACAGGAAGUGUCCUGACUGUAUUUUGCAGGAGAGUUAUGUCAAGCUGACAAACCUCUCACCCACAACCAAAACUACUGACUUGGUUUGUGGUCGGUGUAGUUUCUCACCAUGAAGCGGGGGCAGGGGAGCACAGGCACAGUAAGCUGGUUUGGUUUUAAAGCCUUGUACAGCACUUUGUCUUGACCGUAAAUAUAUAGAUGUGUUCAACAAUUAGCCUGGUUUCAGUGGGGAUUCCCAGGGCUUGCAAGUAAAUUUAGGCCCAAUUUCAACUGAAACUUGAAUAAAAAUCAUGAAGUGCACAAAUAGUUAAACCAUAAGACAGAACACCAGCUGGUAAAACAAGAAGAACAUGAAAUUAGAUUUAAAAGGCUUUUAUUGUGAAGGGAAUUGGAAAGCCAUUGGUCACUUUGAUGUAGUCCUUUUUUAAAAUUUAAAACAUGAAAGAUAAGAUUAAAUCCCCAGUGUCUUCAGAUUUUCAAAGUGUACAUUGUUUCUUGGAAAAAAAGUCAAAUGUUUAACUGUGAACAGCCUCUUCUUGUGAUUAAGCACUUAGAGAUUUCCGGGGCCCUUAUUGCACCCUGCACCCCACCAGCCUCCAAUCACCUUAGAAGCUUGCCCAGAAGUUGCAACACUAAUCUGUUUGGUCCAGUCUGACAUAUGUUGUCCUUCAGAACUGCACCAGCAUAGAGUUUUUAAUGGAGAGAAAUGCUGCUGCAGCUAAGGGGUGGGGGCGGGCUUCUCAUGUGAUUGGUGUAAUGAUGGAUUAGAAAUGAGCGGCGAUCAAGUUCAGGUUUUAAAAGGACUCCCCGAGCUUUUGCAACAAAUAGGCUGGCCUCCAAUAAAAAGCUGCUUGUCAAAAAGUGAUUUAUGUAAAGUCACCCUUUGUUGCUCUUGAUUUAAAGAAAUUCCCUCUGUGUUGUGUUUUUGAAAGAACUCAUAGUUUCCCCCUUAAAGGGGUGUUAAAGUGGUAGAUCUUAACCGAAAAAUGUAUAUUUAAUAUAAACUAAAACUCUGGGGAAAAUGUUGCAUUUAGGUUUCUCAACCUUCACAAAAUAGCUUGACUAUUAUCUUUCCAGACGUCAAGACAGAUUCCUACACCUGUUUCACAGCUGUGUAACUACAAGGAGAAAAAUUACACACACUUAAGAGUGUAAAAACUGUUGUUUUUUGUCAGAGACAGCUGAGGGGAAAAGUGCUGAUGUCUACAUAAAAGAGUAUCAGAAAUCUCAAGUAAUUCCACGAGACAAAAGCCACAUACUCUUCCCAAACAUAGUUUUAGUUGUCACUGCCCCUUUGCAGUUGCACAUCAAACUCUGCAAUACCUUUAUAGAGGUGCUCCAGCUAGUGAUUUCACAACUCAAUACAGCCUAGAGGAACUUUGAGAGCCAAGACAUGUAAAUGUGCAGCUGUAGCUUCAAAUUCACACUCUGACAUAAACACACAAACAUGUCUGUUUCACCCUGCAGGCUCUGAUGCUACAUGUUACUGUUGUCUUUCUCCUGGUACAUCUCUGAUACUUCCUCCCACAGCAGAUCAGAGGUGGAACAAAAUCAUCCCACCACUCUUUGUCUGUUACACAUUGCAGACAAGACAUAACUUGGUUUAAAUAUCUUACUUUGACCCAACCAUUUGUAAGAGCCUGAAGUCUCUGUCAUAGUUGUCAUGUUAUUAGAAAGCAUUCUUGAACAGUGAAGAGCUGUGAAAAUAAUCUGUUAGUUCAGAAAUUGAAUUAUUUGAAAUGUGAUAUAGCCCCAAAAAAGGAAAGGGGGAAGUUUGAUGAUUUUUGAUGAAAAGGUCUAUUUUAGGAUGUUUUUCCUUAUUUGGAGAGCAGCAAAUAGAGCAGGAAACAGGGACAGAGAGCAGAGAAUAACAUGCGGAAAGAGACCUCAGGCAGGAUUUAAACCCAGGCUGCCCUCAUGAGGCACAUUCUUAGUAUACGAGUUGCACUCUUAGACCAGUGGCUGAGGCUAGCACCAUCCAAGGUUUGAUAUUUUUGGUGACUUACCAUCAAAAGGAUCUGCACUGCGAAAGCUCCUCCCGUGUGACAGCCACACCAUUGUAACUUAAAGGCUUUUUGAAGAUUCAUCAGAGGGAAAUGGAUUACGCUGCCAUUUAGAAAUGAAAGUCAACAGAUGGAAAACAGGUUUGUUUAAUGUGGUUCUAUUUGUGAUUUGUGGCUUUUGCACUAAUAAUGACAUCAGUCGGUGUUUACUCAUCGCGCUGCUUUGUGCACUUAAGAUGGCUCAGAUUUUUGGUAUUUCGGCGUCUUGUCCUGAACUGUUUUUGCUGAUUUUUCUCCCAUCUCUUGAUUUGUGAACUUGUCCCUCUGCUUUCUAAUGGAGUCUUCAUUGUGGUCUGACCAGCUUAGGUUCACACAAAGGCCUGUGUGUCAAUCACAUUCAUCCUAUCCAGAGUCAGAGUUACGUUUGUUGGCAGAUUGUCACCUUUGCGUGCUAAAGAUUGUUUAACGGACAUAUCAUGAUGCAACGCAGGUCUUUUAGUCAUGCAAACGUUUACAAGCAGAAAUCUGCUCAGCUUCCUGUGGCUGGCCUGAUCUCAGCCUGAGGGUGUUUGAAGAACAUUUGGAAGCUUUAAGUGUAAUAUGCAAAUAGCAUGCUCAGUUUGCCUGCAAGCAACAUGGCUGAGUGAGCUGCAGUCACUGGCAGUUGGCCAGUAAACUGGUUAGUGGCUGUACAUUAAUGACAAACAUGCAGAGACAAGACAAACAGGUCUGACGUCUGUUUGUUGUCUUAUAAUCAAACUAUAAUCUGUCAGGGCUAUAAAGGUUGCUUUAUGAUGUCCCUUCAUUCAAAUCAGUCUGCAGGGCUUAAAGGCGUGGGCUUUGGCUUAAAGCCGACAUUGUGUCACACAAAUGCUUCAGUAGUAACCCACCUGUAAAUACCAGCAUGAGUUGUGUUGCAGUGUGUGUGUGUGUAUGCGCGCGCUCCACACUUUUUCCUGCCAUUAAAGAAGUAGAAACCAGCGUGGCUUGGCAGGCAUUCAGCUGUUCCUGUGCCAAAACCUACAUUUCUGAAGGGCCUGCGCAGCACGUGGGGCUUUAACUCUGUUAUCCUGCCAAAAAUGCAGGAAAAAAACUCACAAGUUACUUCACUGCCUGGGCCGGCGCCAUGGGGGAAUCCCAGCAGGCCCGAUGCUGACGCAGGCCCCGAGCGUAGGGUCAGAGCUUUUGGGAAACCCUGCAGAUCCUGAUCCAAGCUGCUUGGACAGCCAGAGGCUUUUCUGUAUUCAGUCAGCAGCCAACACUCGGUGGUUCAGUGUCAGCGUGAUCUAUCCUGGUGCUGCUCUGCCUGGAUACCAGCACACAGCUGCAACAUGCUGACAUGUCCAUCAAAUCUGAAGCAUUUGUAUUUUAUAUUAGUGUUCGCUUACACUGGCAGCCUGCCCAAGCAAUCAAAAGCCAAUUUAAUCAGAUCUGUGCCAAAAGAUGCACAUCCCUCAGGAGCAGGCAUAGCUGCCAGACUGUAUUAGCCAGGGCGCAGGCACAUGAAACUUUAAUCCUCAUCUAGCACAGGAGUGAUUAUAUCUCUUUUGGUUAUCUCCAUGUCCAAAACACAGAGCUCUCUAUCUAAAGAUGUCCCACUUAUUCAUCGCCUCUCUGCAGACAAAAGGCCUGAUUGUUUAAGAUCACAAUGCCAUGACGUGUCUGCACAGUCACCAUAUAAACCAACACGUUAAUCCAGUUUGGGACAUUCAUGCCAUUCAAUGAAACUGCUAGCCCACCCACCCCCCUUUCCAGCACUAAAGGAACUAUCAUCAGUGUAGAGUUACAAUAGCAAAGUGCUGAACCCUGCGAGCAGCAACAUGCAGCCUGUCUCCUGAAUCUCACUUUUUAUGACUUGAGUCUGUUAACCAACGAGGAAUCGAGUUGUUAGAUAGCUGUGCAGCUUAGGAAGCGUAAAACAGCUCAGAUUGAGGAACGACUCAGACCUACCGCCUAUCAGUUUAUCCGUCGAAUAUAACACAUAUUAUAUUUCAGGAAUAGGUUUCUUUUAAAUUGGCAGUCUUUUCUGGUUAAACUGACCGUGAAAGCUGACAGAAAGCUGAAGUGUUUCAAAAAUGAGUUCUUAAACCCAUAAAUAAGUUUGCGUUUUUCACUUUCACUUCCCCUCUUUUCAGAGUCAGUGGGUUUGUUGAAUGAAUCUUGGUUAAAUGACUAAAGUAAGUACAAUUAUCACAAGCUUGAGAGGUUUUCUUGUUUCUCCCCACAACAUGAAAAGUUUUAUUUUCUCUAAAAAAUACAGAUGCUACACAGUGUCAUCAUAGUCAAUAAUACUACAUAUAACAGUGGCCAUAGUCUGAAUAUAAUGUAUAGAUAUCAUUAACAGUGGUGUGUACGAAAAAAUCCAAUUUUUGUUUGGGGAUAAUUUCCUGGUAAUCAGUUAUGAAUAUAAGAUCUUAACUCAAUUACGAUCAAGUUUUAGCUGUUAAAACUCAGUCUAGAUUGUGCCAAAAAAGCUCUCAUUGACUCUGUGUCUGAAGUACAAAAACCAAGAAAUAACAUCCUCCAGAGUAGGAAGAACAUCUCAACCAGAAAAGAGUAAAACUGACGUAAGAAGGUAUUGUUUUUCUCUCUUGUAGUGGCAGCAAUCACCUCUUUUAGAAUGGUCUGUGUUUUCCCAGCUGAGCUGUCAACACAUGAGAUUUAUGUUUACUCUCAUAAUACUUCAGUCUCCAUGUGAAGCAGUAACAUGGCUGCAACAUGGGGAGGUCAAUAUCCAACAGCAAGGCAGCAAACAUUUCAGCUGAAUCAGCACAGGCUUUUUUUUUUUUUUUGACAUUUAUUGUUUUGACUCUGUAUCUGAAGACUUCUCCUGACUUCACAGGAAAUACUUCAUUACAGAGACAAAAAGUUCUCUGCAAAUUUUCCUCGUGGGCUGUCCUGUCUUUAAAAUUGCAUCAGUCAAACAUACAUUGACAUAUAGUCUUCUCAACCCACAUAGGAAUAUAAGGUUUCAUGUCAAGUGUUUGACCCUUUUUACUCAAGUUUUUACUACUGCAAGAGCUCAGUGUGCAGUUUCAGUAUUUAAAAGCUUCUAAGGAAUUGAUUGUCAUGGUCCAGUACCAUCAAAUUGCUUGAUGGCUCUCUUAUGUUGGUUAAUUUUGCUUUCUACAAACCUUGUAAUCUAAUCCAACUCUACUCUAAACAGCCAGAUAAUUACCAAACUGAAUUUUCUUCUCAUUUUUCUUAUUUUUUGAAGUGAAAAAUGCGUCUAAUAUUCACGCCUUCAAACUCCAGACUGAACAUCCUGUAGCAUCAUUUACUAAAAGUCACUUCCAACCAAUUGGUUCUCGCAGCUGACUCCUGUUGCUUGAUAGAUAGCUGCAGAUUUUCCCCAUUGAGCAGUGGAUCAGUGGAUUAUUUUUGCUAUAUGCCCACUUCAUUUAUGGCAUAGCUGGGGCUAAUCAGAUUUGGCUCGCUGUGUUGCUCCGGCUCGCUCGAAGAGGUCAGUGGAAAGUGCGUGACGAGCCUGUGCGACACUUCCUCAAUGAUCUUGUUGUUAGUGCAGAGGGGCUCAAUGGAGCCUGUGUUAUUGCCUUGAGAAGUAAUACAGCAAGGAAUGUGAGAAAGGGCCGCAUAAUCAAAACCAGCACCACUGACCGACUUCUUCUUUUGUGCUUUUUUUAAUGUGGAAAGGAUCAUAAAUGACUCCAGCUUGGCUUCUCCAUAUACGAUUAGUCUUCAACUUUGAUUGAAAUAAAUGCCAACCAGUCAUUUCAAGAGUUAAAGAUAUGGACAAAGUAGUAAAACCUGGUCAAAUUUAACUUGAUAUAAAUAAACCCCAUUUAUGAAUGUAUUUCAGAUUUAUGAUUCCACCAUGGUACUUCAUUUCUCUUUGUAUUAAUUCCCUCAGACUAUAAAGGUUUCUCAUUCGCUUCUAUAAAGCACUUUACUAUUUACUCCAUGUACUUUUUAAAGUGCCCAUUUUAGAUUUAUCAUUAAGCUGUCCUUAAAAGAAGAGAAAUAAGACACACAACCCUAGCUUGAUUCCUGCUGCAGGGAUAAGCCCAAAGCCGUUAAUUAAAACAAAUUAUGUCUUUGUGCAAAGCAAAUAUCCCGGGCGGUUUGUCGCUGUUUUUCUGUUAAAGAUAAGACAAUAUAAGAGCUGAGAAAUUUACAUGUUAAAAUACUUGUAUUUGCUAUUGAGGGUAUUUAUGUAAACACGGCUCUAAACAGACAUUAACUUAGAUAUAUAAAGAGAAGUAGAGAGGAGGGGGGUUGUUUUUUCCCCCUGGGGUGUUUUAAUGGUUUUUAUUCUACUUUUAUCACAUUCAUAUGAUAUAGAGAAAACAUGUAAACAUAUUUUUAGUACUGCAAGCUGCAGUGAACUAGGAGUGUUUGCUCAGUUUGUUAAUGCUUUCGAAGAAAUGUCGACUAACUUUGGGGUGUAAUAAUUUUACAUUUGUGCAGUAACACUUCAUGCUACAAACUAUAUAUAUGUGUAUUUAUAUGUAUGAAGAGAUUCCAGUAAAAAGAACAAAAGACAGAUAUUGUAUUUGUCCAGGAAUGUUUGUCGAUAACAUCUGAACAAAGCCUGUUUCACCACUAACAGCACUAAAGUACACACUGACACAUGCUGUAUGACUACAGUGUUGAGUGAUUUGAUAAAGGCUGACAACAGACACAUUAACUUAUCAUAGAAAUCACCUGCAGACUGCGUGUCGGGCUGGAGUCUUUUUACUCAAAGCAGGUGUGGCUGGCGCGUGAACACAACAACUAAUUUGAUAAAGAAAGUUGCUGUUCAGCAAGAACAAGCAGCAGAAACUUCAGCUACAGCAACAGAAAAUUCAAAGAAAACGAGAAAGUACCACCCACGCUGAUUUACAUUUUAUCUUUAGGAAGUCGUUGCAGGAAAAAAAGAGCCCUCAGUACCAGAGAUGGAAAUGAAAUCCAUAAAUCACUUGAAAAAUCUGGUUCUGUCUGAAUUUCCAGUCAGGCAUUUCUUUUCCUAGUUCAUCAAAAGUAUAUCAGACAAAAAAAGUUCUAAAAACUGCUCUGUGGUGCACAUGUGGUGAAUCUAACAAACAGUUCAGUGGUCUUGAAAAAGGGGCCCCAAUGCAGCAGUUUGUGAUAUUAGAAAGCUAAGUUGUUCUUUCUAGAGAGCGUUCAAAAAAGCCUCAUAUCUAUACAGGCAGUUGGCUUAUAUCUCCAUAUGUGUGCACAUACGCGUGUACAUAUGUGCAUGUAUGUGAGCUGAUGUGGGUCUCUUUAUCUCGUUGGAAUUAGACCCUUAGCUCUGGCUCUUAUCGCUCGCUUCUGUUUGCUCAGACCUUGCAAUCUUCUGCCUCUCAAAAGUGGGUUUAGAAAAAAAAGAGGAUUAACCCUUUGCCUCUCAUCGUUUAACCUCCAUUCAGCCAUCUCUCAAAGUUUCUGCCAUAGCUGCUCGUCCCUGCACCCACAUGAGCGCCUCUGUCACCUAUCCUGGUAAUCCAGCCUCCCCUUUAGCCAAUUAAGGUGUUAAAUGAGGGUCUUAUAGUCUGCUCCCUAAUAUAAGUGUUGUAAAGCUAUUUAUAGCUGUUUGUGAUAAAGCCUAUAUCUUCCGAUGGCAAAUGGUCUUCUCUCUUGUCCCCCUGCCUUCUCCAUUAGGUCAAAGGUCAUUGUGGUGUGAAGAGCAGAGGUGCUAAAAGCUCGCUUGGUAUGGAAGGUGUGCUCUUGAGACUAUCAAUUCUUUAGAAAAAAAUCAGAAAUAAGACGGUAGUGGGGAUUCUCUGUUUAAGUUUUAUGUCAAUGAUCUUCACCUCAACUACCCAGUGAGGAACAAUGUUAAAGAGUGAUCCAGAAAUGACACAGGGAAAGUAGGUCACCAUUAUUGCACUUCUAAAGGGUUCUGGGUGACAGGAAAGACCAACGUUGAGGCUGUGAAUGGGCUCACUUUCUAUUAGCAGCUCACACUUCCAAAUAAGAUUCUCCAUAUUGUCUGGAAGGAAAUCAUGAUGUCAAGAAACUACCCCUUUACCUGCGGUGGUUCCCCUUUUUUAGCAACAAUUCAACAGAGAGUCAGACAGGGUUUUUCAGAGCUUUCAUCAAGACCGAAACUGCCGAGACUGGCAUUUCCUGUUGCAUUAUGAGUUAGAUAUUAAACACCUUAUCACCUGAGCUAUGGUCUGUUACACAUAAUGUGUGAGAAGACGAUGCCAAACACAACCAUCUUUAUCACAGUGGAGGUGCAACAAAGAGUGGUCGGAUUAGUACUAGUGGUUAAACUAUUGUACUGUAGUGGUUGUAGUGGAUUUUGCCAUACGAAGACUAUAAAGACAAAUGCUUGGAUUAAAUGUUGUUUAUGAUUUAAGUUUGAAAAAGGAACAAGUAUGAGGUGUCUUCUUCUCUGUCUUAAGCUCACAGUCUACAUUUGGUUCUGCAUUUCUAUGUUUCCGUGUUACAUAGGGACCCGAUCAAAGUCAUAUACUAUAAACAUUUCUAUAAGCACCAAACCACCUCUGUUAUUUGGGGAAGUGGGGGGAAUGUGUAGUGCUGCAAUGUCAUUUCCACCAUGUAGCAUGUCUGAGAUGAACAGUGGCAUGAAACAAAGAGACCACUUCUGCUUCUCUCCUCACAGGACGAGUCGACAGAAGAGCUUUGUUGUAAUCACUUCUGUCUUUAAAUUGACAUGUAUGACACACUUGGGGGCUGCUGGCUGGAACAUGAGAAGAACAUGACAUGUUGUGCUUAUUUGCACACAGGUUUGGCUACCUGACAUGUUGAGUAAUGUGUAUUAUAAAAACACUUACAAACGGAGCAUGUACAGGCUGUUCUACGGUGAAUUUGCCUUUGUCAUUUGAUGAUAAAUUAAUGGACACAACUGAGGUGCCACCCAUGAACCUUUCUUGCACUAUCAGGUUUUUUCUUACUGUAAGUAGGACAGAGACAGAGUUGUCUCUCGGUUAAACCAGAUCCAGUUAGGUAAGAUGAUUUAAUCCUGCUUAUACUGGUGCUAUUCACCAUCUGACAACUGCAGCCGUUCAGUUGUGCCUCUAUCGCCUGUAAAGAAUGUAAUGAAUCAAUAUUGAAUAUCUGUCGGCUGCCACGCUGCAUCUGCUCCGUCAGUUGUCACUUCCUUCACCCGCUGAAGAAACACAAGUUUCACAGCUCUUGUUUCCUUGUGCAACAUUUCUCGAACAGACUGUUGCUUUAAUGGGAUGGCUUCAUCGCGCGACAUUUCGGUGUUGCGAAUUUUACUUAACACCUCCAAUUUUAUGCUGUACAAGCAGAAUCUUGGCCGUUUGAAUUCACCUUGUGGUUCAAGCAUCUGACCAACUGUUUGCUGACUGCAGCAGGUUUGGUGUUUUAUUGAAAGUUGAGGGCAUUUUGGUCUUCCUGUUUUCUUUUUUACUUGUUUUUGUGGCUCAGCCAGUCGCUGUAGGCUUCUUUCAAGCUGCAGAAGUUUGAAGUUUCUUAGAAUCAUCAUAACAGGCAGCACUUAAUGUUUUCUGCAAACAAAUGCACUAUUUUUUUUUAAGAGGCAUCGAGUCAACAACUGAGAAAAAUGCACCACAUAAUACUGCAUUUCCCCCAGAAGACCAGUGUUGUGGGAAAUAAAAGCUUCGUAAUAACUUUACACCACAAAAAAUAAGAUGAAUCAACACAUCUGAUGUCUCACUUAUGACACACAACUGUUCACGUGUUUGGACAUAGAACGUGUAAAGACUGUCUGAUCGGACAGAUGAGUCAGGAUUACUGUUAGCUAACACUCUCACACUUUUUCUCUGGUUGAUUAAAAACUUUUCAGAAACUUUUCCCAUAACAGAAACGUGACAACAAGGAGGUUUGUGGUGGUUGUCUCUUUUCUUUGUGUGUAUUAGUGCGUAAAUCUCAAGAGGGCUGAGUGCCAUGUGGCGGGUAAAUAUUUGUACCACACUAGUCUUAUUAUUCAAAUAUAAAACAGGGCUGAGUUUUCACUAAGUUUUGGUGUGGCUACAACUUUUUUCGUCUUUGUUCUCUGCUGUCUGCAUGUUGGAGCAUCAUGAAGUCAGUCACUACUUAAUGUGCUACGCGGCAUGCUGCAAACAGUUCUGAUAUCUGCAUGUAGAAGUAGGCACACGAGAGGAGGAGAAGAGAGUGCUUCAUGCAGCAAUACAAUAUACAUGCACUGCAGAUGUGGGUAAACACUUAGUAGUAGUAGUACCAUUAGCAGUAUAUGUAUGCCUACAACGUUAACAAGCACCAAGACAGAUGAGACAAUGCAGUGAAAUGUCUAGAGAGAGAGAUUUUAGAUCAGCAUAAAUCAGGGGUCAAUCCUGGAAAUGACGACAGCUCGACAUUUUUCAGCUCAUAUGACUUAGAUUGCAUCCUGUGAUGUAACCAUUGCACAUGCACAUAUUUAUUAUUAUGACGGUAUACAGUGCUGCCCUACUAGUGAGCCAAAAAUCAAUCAUAGUGAUGUCUUUAUUUGCUAAGGAAAAUAUUUCGAUUGAGGAUUACAUAUGCUAUUUUGUGUUAUGUACGUCUGAUAUGCACCCCCAGAGGUUUUUUUGCUCGGACUAGGACAAAAUAUUGAUAUCAAGGCGAUCAAUUUUGUGCGUCAAUUAUCAGUUUUUACGAUGACUACACGGUAAACAAAUUAACCCUUAGUGUUUGACUUGCUGUGUCACUACUUCACAACUUCUUGCAAAGGCAUAAACAAGAUAAAUCCUGCUUAUUUUCUUCAGUUUAUCAGAUAUAAAAUGUUAUUGUAUGAUUGUCUUGCAAUAAAUUUAUUCUCACAGAAACACGAUACUGCAAUAUUAUUGUAUAUUAUGGUACAUAAUGAUAAGGUAUUGUGGGUUACCCUGCAAUUCCCACCCCAACUGUUUCUACACUGACAUAGUUGAAAGAGCAGUAUAACAUAUCAACUUGUGUUCACCUUUCAGCCGUAAUUAGGCACAAAAAUCUGCCCUCAGUACAGGGGCGAGAGUUUGAAGUAAAUGUGUUUGUGGAGGAAUGAGGGGAAAAGGAACUUUCUGUGGAGUUUCCUGGCACUAUACUUCACUCUACAUCUAUCUAUUGUUUUCCAGCAACCCAGCUGCGAAAUCUGAGCACAGGAUGCCUGGUUUUCUUCUUGCACUGACCAAAAACUGUUACUCAUUCUCCAUGAUUCAUGCAUUCAUCCACUGUAUGAGUUCAGUGAAAACCUGGACUUGGUGAGAGUGUCAGAUUAGUGCAGCUGGUGCUUCCUCAGGUCUGCCAUGUAUCAGUCACCUUUUGUGUAUUAGUCAUUGUAUGUGAAUGAGUGGGCUCGCGCAGUCACUGCUGCCUACCGUCAUGACUGGCCCCUCAGGGCGUUUGACACCUGCACUCAGAAUUUAUUUCCACACGCUCUUAUCUGGGACUUACUGGUGGAACCUGCAGAUUGAACAAACUUUUUUCUGCAGGUUCUGGGUAGGAUUAACUGUUGAUCUCCUUCUGGUCCAACGAUCUGAGGCAUCAGUUGAACGGUGUGUAACAGGGAGGCAGCUUCAGUUACCAGAAUCCUGGGGCUUACCCCUCAAGACAGAGCCUGCUUUGUAUUAAGGCUGAAAAUUAAUCACAGUAUUACUGACUUCCCACAAAGAACAGCAAUUUUACUAUACAAGAACAAUAUGUGACAAAACCACUGUACAAUAACGUGCGGUGGUGCAAACCUCGACAAAUGUCACGUCAUGAGUUAUUUUCAAAAAAAUGAAAAAUAUGCAAAACAAUCGUCCCUUUUCACCGUGAGUCAUAAAGUCUGUUGAAAUCAUUUUCUUGUUGUGUUGUGCAACCCUGCUUUGCAUACCUGUCGCCUUUUGGGAACAGGUACGUAGGAGAAGAAUUACCACCUACAUCAGUCGCUACAAAAAAAAAACUCCAGACACGUUUCUUAUUAGUGAAAAGCUUUUCACUGAGGGGAAAAACAGAGCAGUCAUACCUGAGCAAAGUCACGCCUUUGAAUAUUAAUCAUGUCUGCCUCCAGAUGAGAGUGACUGCCUGGCGCUGCUUCUUUUUUGCUGUUGUGCUGAAAUUUUUGUUGGCGGCGAGCCAGCCAGGUGAAGAAAGUGACGGUUCUUCCUGUGAUUCCACUUCCUUUCGUCAUAUAGGUUGAAGCAUUGUGUCCUGUGUGAGCAGGCUGUCUGAUGUGAUUGUGCGAGUAACGCUACAUGUGUUGCACAACAGUCAGUGACUCAAAGGCUACAUAUGAAGUCUUAACGUGUGUCUUUUAAAAGUUUCAAAUGUUUUUGAAAACUUCAGUUCUGCACCUGGUAGUUGUGAUUAAUCCUGCUUUUGUUCUGUUAACUUCUCAUCUUUGUCUUUAUAAAACAAGGAAGCUUUAACAACCGUCAUAAAAAAAAGGGACUGUUUUUCAUGAAGUAUGUGAAAGCAGAAGAUGGAGAUUUAUAGAUGUCCACUGAAGUACAAAGGCAUCAAGUGAAAUCAAGCUUGAAAAAAAGACGUAUUUGACUAAUUUGAUGCUUAUGGGGAAGUUUAUAAAAUAGUGUUUUGUCUUCACCUGAAGGUAGCAAUAUCAGCAGACAGGGGAAGUAACAGUCUAACGCUUUGGUUUUUUUUUCUCUCCCUCAGGUCUUUAUAGUCUCUCAGCACGCUUUGUACUCGCACCUUGGCUUCCAGAACUUGUGCCUCACUGAACGCUGUGCAAUUCAACUCUGCUGCCGGCCUCAGUUCCCCCCUGACUGCAGGAAAACCCACCGAGACAAGAGAGAGGCCUCUGUCUCCACCAGAGCUGCUACUGACCACUGACUGCAUGUCUCAGGGCUCUCAACGACCCCCCUCCUCUUCCUCUUCCUUCUCCUUCUCCUUCCACUCCUCAAGGACCCACUUAUCCGCACAACCAUAACCUCCAAUCCUCCGGCACAGUUAGCGAUCUCUCUGCGCAAACAUAAGGUUUGACCAUUGUCCCCAGCAGGCCUCUGAUUGGUCUCUCCUUCAGUGGAGGACGCAGCUUUAAAGCCGAGCCGCUCUCCCUGGAGAUGAAGCUGCAGGCUGUCAUGGAGAACCUGCACAGGCAGCAGAGGGCCAAGCUGCUGAUGGAGCAGCAGCUUCAGCAGCAAGCAGCCGCACAGCACACUCAGAUCCGCGCAGGUGGAGGAGGAGGAGUAGGAGGGGAUGAGCCAAUGGGGAGCCCGGUCCCUGAGACGGAGCAGGCCCAGAUGGCGGCGUUGGCAGCCAUGCGUGCAGCAGCAGCAGGACUGCAGAGGGUGUCUGAUAGCCCCAUGUCAGAACGCAGCAGUGGCGGCGAGGAUGAAGAUGAUGAUAAUGAUGAAGGGGAAGAGCAUUACAAGGACAUGAUGGGGUCUGAUGAGGAGGAGCAGAUGUAAGUGAUCACUUACUUUGAUCAGGUUGUCCUCAAACUUCUUUUUCUUUGCAUGUUUUCAUUUCAAAAUCUCUGUCUUAUAGUAAGCAGAAAUGGGAUGAGGAGGACUUUGAAGGUGAGAUGGAGGAAGACUUUGAUGAUGAUCUGGCAGAGGAGGGUCUGCCCACUGGCCAUGAUGCAGUGGCUCCUGGUAAGGGCAUUCUCCUGCUGCCCCAUCGUCAGCUCCACCCACACUCCCAGCUGCUAAAGGCCCGUCCCAGUGUCGACCAGGAACCCCGUGUCGCCAUCCUCCCGCCCCUCGCCACACACAGCCACCUUGGCGCUCAGGACCACGGAGAAUGGACCUAUGAGGAGCAGUUCAGACAGGUAUGGAAUAAAAAGUGUGAUUCCAGCAGGUUACAUCUGUUCAAAAAGUUGCUCUAAAUGACCAGUUUUUCACGUGUGUUAGCACAGCUGCUGCCAAGAACAGACAUUUUCAAACAUUGAAGCACCAAGAGUUAAAAAAAAGAAAAAGUCACUUCCUGCUAUGAAUAGGACUGCUAGCUGAGGAAGAGAAGCUGAGUUCAGAAGGAGGGAGAGGCAGGAGGGGGUGGGCCAAGCUGCAUUUUAACAGCUUUACCAUGCGGGCGUUUACUGUAAACAUGCUAGUGGGCUGGAUAUUAUGAGGGAGGCCCCUGUGGAAUAAGACGGGCUGUUUACGUGAAGAGAUUUAAGUCUGUCAACAGCUAAGUUUAGAUGGAGCGCUGCUGGUGAGAGACUUGGGAACUGUAAAAUCUACUUACUGGUGGCUACUGAUGACAGAAAGAGCUAAAUUGAUCACUGUUUAGGUCUUAAUUCCCUCACUUUUUAGGCCGUAAUUGCUACUUAAAAAGAUAUAAUUCAAAGCACUCAUGGACACUUCUGACAGUUGUAACAAAAUAACGUGAAAAAAAUUAGGGGUAUUAAAAUCAUGACAGGGAGCUCUCCUCGUAAAAAGAGAUAUAUGACAAGAUUCACCUUUUGUUAGAAGUUUUUAGUGGUCAUGUUGUUCUGUUCACUAAGAUUAGACUCCAAUAUUGUGUGUGUUUGUGCAGCAUCUUCAGCACUAUUUAAAUCUUUAAAGUUAUGUAACGUUGAAACCUGCAAGUCUUUUUGUGUCAUAGAGACUUCACUUGGUGUGUAAUGUGGCGCAUUCAAGCCCCUGCUUUAUGUAAAGGCAGCUUAGGUGAUGUAAUGGGAGCUCCUGUUGUAAUGCAAACACUGUCAUGGUCUGUGGCCGUAUCUUUAACCAUGAAACAGGUUUGACAGUGUGAGCUGCAGCGUGUCUUUUUUAAUCUUAACAAGUUUCAUUUUCUUCAAAAACAAAGUCUUGAUCUUUGGGGAGUUUUUUUUUUUGACAUUUUUAUAUUAAAGCCAUCAGUGUGUUGGAAGUGUAGAAGUUUUUUUUUUUUUUUUUUUUUUUACAUAGCCACAGGUUCUGUAAUUAAAGGUCUAUUUGUAUAAUUAAAGAGUGAAGGGAGUAAAACUGCCCCGUAGAGCUGCACCCUGCUCCUUCAAAUAGUCGACCCCUCCCCCUGUAAAAAGCUUUGUGUGAACAGUUGGUGGUUUUCAUGUGUCAGGUAGGACAUACAGUGUACAUUUUUAUCAUGACAUGUCAGUCAGUCACCGACGGUUAUAUAAUCGAGGGAGCCAGUAUCUUGACUGUUAAGAUAGUGUUACCCAAUCCAUUGUUGAUUAAACGUAUGUAACGCCUAUACAGCCCUACUCCUCCUACUAUGCAGACAGCAGAAAGGAUAAAGCUUCUUUAAAGCCCUUUGCAUUUUUAUACAGUAAAAGGAGUGGUGCAAUUGCUGUCACAUCUGUUUAUAGGGAGUCAAGGCUCCCGACCUCUUUAUUGCUGAGUGGUUAUAACGCUGUGAAUCCAAGAUUUUAGUCCUGCACAUUAUUCACACAGGGCUAAUUUUGGGCUUGGAUGAUUACGGUGAUUAGUAAUAAUUGUAGCUUUUCCAUGUGAAUCCACUGCCAAAGUGCUGUGUGUGCAAUGUGUAAAGCAAAAAUGACAGGCCUGUUAUGAUGAGGACGGUCCCUCCCCUGAUAAUUCUAACCCAAUGCAUAUCAAACUCAGUGAUUUCCGCCUUAAAUUGUAUUUAGCGGGUGCCAUUUUUCUUCUUCUUCUUCUUCUUUUUUUCUGUAAGUACCAUUUGUGGUUUCUUUCUCUGCAGACCUCAGUAUUUCAUAUGCUUUCAGAGUGAGCGUCCACGUUUGCUUGCCUUGAUAAGGAGGUUAGAAGUUGUAAGAACUUAACAUUAUCCUGUAAUAUAUGUAAUCAGUGCAUAUCUGACUUUUGUGUCUUGGUCAAGUAAGCCCUAAAAGGCUUAUAUAAGCACUCUUGUGCUUUUAUGCAGCAGUUUGAAUUACCUCCUGAAACUCAAUUAACUAUCAAAGCUAAAAAGGUUAACCUAACAAGUUACAUUUUUAGUUCUUUGUCAUAUAUGUUGCAUUUUCAUCAGCUAAAACACAUCAGAGGCAUGUUUUAACCUGGAAAAAGAUGUGGCUUUUGCCUUAACUAUGAAAAAAAGUUAAAUAAAUAUGACUACCCUCUGACUUCUAGCUACAGUUUUCUUAAUAUCCUACUUUGAUGUUACACAUUAGUUUCUCAGGUUGCUGCUGCAGUUUAAACAGACAUUUAACAGCAUUACUCCUAUUAAGCAAAAGAUUACAGUCAAGACAUGAUUAAAAAACUCUGUGUUCUCUGUAAAUGCAACUUUCGUGUUCUGGACACAAAUUGUAACCCUGUAGGGCCUAUACAAAAUGCGCUGUAUUCAGAGACCGCCAUAUCUCAUGGUGUUAAGUUGUGUUUUUUUCAUCAGGCAUUGGGCGGGGAGGAAGGGGUUAAGGCUGUACAGUUUAUUUUGGGCAGGUGGGUGGAGGCUGUUGGAAUGUGCCUGAGGGAGGGUGAUAAUGUGGCCACUACGAACCCCAGAUCCUCAGCAGAAACCCUGCAUGCCUCUAUCAGUAUGCUGCAGUUGGAUCACUUCCCUACUGAGAACUAUCCUUUUCUUGGUUAUGUUGGGUCCUUGAUGGAGCCCAGUACAGCCGUAUGUCUGCGGGUGUGCAACGGCAAUGGAUGUUGAACAUGUCCAGAGUUCAUCUCUAUUUAAAACACACAAGAUGUAAGAAAGAAAAUGUAAAAAUUAGCUUUUUAAAGAGUAAAUUUCGAUAGUGAUAGUGGAUUCAAAGACAAUGUGAGUGAGGAAAUGGUGACCAGCAAAGAGUUUCAAAUUAGGUAACUGGACUUUAACUCUGCGCCACAUGAAUCUGAUUUUAAAAAAUAAUAAGGUAGAAAAAAACUUCUUCUGUAAGUUUCCCAGCUCUUCAAAACUGUAUUGGCCGAAGGUGGUAUGAAGGCGAAGAAACAUCACCCAAACCCCACUCUCACAGGUGAUGUUCUUUACCCCGAGGCUGUGUGAGUGUAUCAGCCAAGACCCAAUCUGCAUUCCUCGUGGAUCACCCAGUCACCUUCCUCUCUCCACACUCACAGCUGAAAGGUCAGACUAAAUCCAGCCAGGACACCCUGUCUGUUCCGAUGUCCAAUCACAUUCUGGUUAUAACUGAAUUAAUCAAAUUAUUUUAGAUGCUUUGCCAGUGGUGUCAUAUGGACUGUAUCUGUCAAAGUCCAGCAGCAUUAAAUAAAGGACAGGCACUGAUACACAUAUCAUAUUAUGCCAGCAUCUUUGCAUUUUUUUGUAAUUGAAACUGAUUUACUUUGCUGCUGGAGUUACCUUUCAGCCCCCCCAUAACCUUAAACUCCCACAUACAUCCACCCCCUUAAAAUGCCCAUAUCAAUAUCACCCUUUGCAUCGAGCUCUGCAUUUUUUAUUUACGGAAAAUGUCCACACUCCUUUUAAGUUAAUACUACAGGGCUAUCCUGUGGCCAAUAAGCUUGCAUACAUCUGUUCCAAUCAACCACCAGACGAAUGUGGAGGAGCGCGGGAAAGAAAUAUAUUUGGGAUGUUUAGACGUGCAGAUACUGUGACUGAGAAAGGUCUCAGAGACAGUUUCCUCAGCUGGGUGAUAAAAUGGUAUGAGUUGAGACUCUGUGAGCCCUGGUGCUUACCUAGUAUUUGGUGAACUCUGACUCCUACUGUAGCGAAGUAACAAGAAAGAUACAGAUGUCCUCAUUGGACCGCUUAAUUUAAAUUUACAUUGAUAUGUAGAAUGAAAAACCUUAAUUUUUCAGAAAUUGUCCAAUAAAUUUGACAUAAUUACAUUUUAUCCAUUUCCUUUAAUUUGAAGCUAACUGUGAAAGGAAAGCUCAGCCAUUCAAGCUAAUAAGCUGCUAAACUUUGACUUUAGGAAGUUUACCUGUGGACUAAUUUGUUAAACUUCUACCUUUUAAAAAGAUGAACAUGUUGGUGCUUCUCUGAUACAUCAGCCACUUUAGCUACACAAGCCAAAUAAGCUACAGCUGCUUGCCAAACAUUUCUCAUUUAGCCUAUUUUGGUAAUGCUAGCUUAAGUUUACCUAUCUAAACUUGUAGACUAGCUUACGGAAGUCCCAAACAAAAUGUGAUGGAGAGUUAUUUUAUAACUUUGUUGUAUCUGUAGGCAUCAACCUUUCUAACUUAAAGCUAAAUCCUGAUUGGAAAUAAGAUUAUGAUUAUUUUCAUGACAGUAAGAAGUAAAAUGCUUUUUAGCGACAUUAGCUACACAGGCCACUUUAGCUAUGUCAGCUAAAGGCCUUCUAUGUUGUGCCUGUCCUGCUAAUUGACACUAAUUCACUUCAAUGGAUUACUUUAAUGCUCAUUCUUCUACUUUGUUCAAACUUAACUUCAGCAUUGUCAGUCAUGUUAGUCGAUAAACUGUUCUGUUUUCCAGAAAAAACUACAGCGUUUAGCUUUAGCACAGCUCUUUAUUAGCAAAAUAUCUGGUUGUAGAGCUACAGUCUGGUUUCAUUAAUGUUAAGACUUUUCAAUGCAUUGGUAUACAUUAACAUAAGUCCCUCUGCCUUUUUAUAAACAAUAUCCUCUUCAGAACAGAAAUGGUCCAGAGGCCAUGCUGAGCCUUUGAAGUCUCCUCUUCUGUGUCUCUGUCUGCUUUAAACACCAGCAGCUGGGCAGAUGGAGCCCAGAUGGACAGUAAAGUAGGGAUGUCUUUAAAAAUUCAUGGCACUUACCAUGAUCAGGGUGAAUGGAGGGGAGCUGGCAUUAAACAUUAAAUUGCUCGCACACACACACACUCUCCAGGUAGGGGGAGGGGGCUGUUAGUGACUACAGGAAGUGUAGCUCGAAUGUGAGCCAAUUGGGAGCGACACUUAUUGGGAUUGCCAGUCAGGUUUUUGCUGAUACAGCUGUCUGAUAAGUGCUCGUUGGGUUUAUAUCCCUCAGUGGUCUCAUUCAGGCCUUUUGAUCUGCCUAAAGGUUGUAUGAAGAAGCUGUGCUGUGUUGUUUUUGCGUUUUGAAUGGUGUUGUGAAUUUUAACAGCUCUGGUUUGUUUAGUUAGAAAAAUGUGGGAGCGAGAAACUUGAAAUCUGUUAGGAGCAAAUUUGGAUUUUUGAAUUACAAAAAAAACCCUUGUUUUCCUCAUGGCUUUUCUUUUCCCACUCCUUUCUCGCUCCCUUGUUAAAUAGUUGUCAAUAAAAUUAUAAUUUUACUUUAACUUCCUGUUUACUCUGUUAACUUUGUAGCGCUCCAAAACACACCGGCCUUUUAGUUGUCGACAAAUACAUUCAGAUUAAGUAGAUUUGUUGGGCACUCUCAUUAGUUGGUUACUUGAUUUAUGCCACUAAUUCAAAGUCCAUUAGUCCAGAGCAACACACUUUGAGACCAGUAAUACACAACAUUGUCUGGUUAUGGUUUUUUCUGGACGUAGCAGGGGUUGAAUUUAUCAUCAAAGGAGAGUUUUCAUUGAACUCCGUGUGUUGUGCUUGAAGGAGCCUCUGUGAGCAGCGAUCUGUGUAAAACUAAAAGAAAACAAGAGGUUAAUGGGCCUCGUUCAUGACGUGAAAACAAAAGGCUGGGACAGCAUGGGAAGACCUCUGUGAGUCUUCCUGUUGAGAGGAGGAGGAAGAGCGCAGGGAAGGGGGGAGUAGGUGUGACUGAGGGAACAGGGGAAAAAAGUCAGUCAUUUGACUUGGCACAGGGCUUUGAACCACUGCCAAGUAGAGUGUGUACUACAUGCUCAUUUUGAGUGUGAAGCACAGCGUAGCUGUAGAGUCAAACUCCCUGCGUGCAGCUGAUGUCAGAGGCUGUACAGCCACGGGGAUUCUGGAAAUUGGCAGGCGCUCAAUAUGAAGGAGGAGAGCGGGGCUGGAGCAGGAAUGUAAACAGAGAUUGCGUAAAGGCUGAGGCUAGCUCUUUCCUCCUGCUGUUUUCUUUGGCUGUUGUGCUGUGUGUUAUUGAUUUUAUUUUGGCAUGUUCCGCGAUUUCUUGUGCAGUUAUUCCCGGCAGGCCUCUCUGACUUUCAUGUGUGGAAGCAUUCAUAAAGAAAUUAGGAAAGGAGUUCUUUGAGCGAGGAAUCCUUGCUCAAAGUAUCCUUCAUUGUGUGUGAAUGUACUCUGUGAUUUCUCUUUUCUUCCUUUUUAAAGGAAAAAAUCCAAGCACUGGUUCAUCUAUUUUCUUGCCCUUUCUGUCCCUGUAAAAGAAACCUUUCACUGUAGCCUUGUGUCUCAGCUCAUAGGCACAAGAGAAGAUCAGCAAUGAAUGAAUAGUAUAGUCAACAAACAAAAGCACUGAGUGACAUCUUUUCAUACGUGGACCUAGUGAAGGGCAUUCAUCUGAACAAAAGCAGGGCAUAUGUGUUGUCGCCUUUGCAUGCCUCAGAAAAGGUAGCGUGCGUUGAAAGCCAUCGUUCUCAGGAGAAUCAAUGAGAAAUUGCUCAAAACAGAUAAAGAUACUUUGCUGCACAUUUUCAAGGUCUGAAUCUCAUCAGUUUGAUCAAUAGCUCCAAUAUUGUAAAGAGCGGGGUGCACGUCUCUGACAUUGUGUCAUAAAAGAUGCUGUGAGUGCUUUGAUCUAUAAUCUUUGAGGCACUUUGACCCACGUAACAACACUACAGCAGCUCUGUCCUGACGGUAUGAUAAUAGCUGACCUUCUGUAAUUGUGUGUGCAUGGCAGGAGGUCUGAGGCGUAUGGCUCUGUUCACACCACAGAUACAAAUAGUUCUUCUUUGCCUAGUACACUUUGAUUUCACACUAUCGUAGACUGAUAAUUGGCUUUUUUUUUUUCCACUGUAGAUAUUUGAACAUGUCACAGCAAGAAAGCCAUUUGAGAAACUGACAACAAGAUGGCAGUUCAGGAUUUAUAUCUGUGUCCGUUUUCUUACCUCUGCUAAUGCCCACUGAUUUUAUCACUUUAUUAUGCUUAAAUAGAGUAUGAUUAUCAUAUCUUAUUUCUUAUGGGUGAUUUUAAAUAUGAACUUAUUUUUGGUGAUGUAUGUCAAACAUUUGCUUCACAGCUUACAAAAUGUAAUUUGUGGUUUUGGUCUCAUCAAAACCAACUGUUGGUUGACACGUGCAUCCAAAUUUGACUGAAAACUAAUAAGGGGACACAUUAGUCAUGCGCACGCAACGACAGCUAACAAUGAGACUCAACAUGUCAGCUGUAUGAGAGUAUUUGAAAGUGUUAGUGAGGGGUAGGAAAUGACUAUUUGCAAUGAUUUGAAAGCACAGAUACUACCAGUACUACCGGUUUUAAAAUGAGAGCAAAAGAGUGUCUGCUUCGGCCGUUUAACAGAGCAAAUCAAGAAAAUCAUUUGAUUCAUUGUUUUUGAUUUCUCUGGGAAUGCAGAAAACAUAUCCAGCUCUCUUGCUGUGUAGAAGUCCCUGUUCAGGAGGUUUGAUUUUUGUGCCACCAAGUACUCAGAAUUGUAAGCCCACUCUCUAUAUGGAGGAUAAACCCAGGGGUAGCUUGAGGUUAAACUGCAGCCCCUCCACAUAUUGAUCUGGGCUGUGAUCGGGACACGUGGCAGCGACAUCACAGCCUCUGAUGGGCCACACAGACAGAUAUCAGCAUUGUAUAGGGCUGCUUGUGCUAGAUAUGUUUUGAGACCACUGUAGUCAACCAUUAAUCGCAUCGCCGUGCCCAUCCAUCACUCCGUCUGUACACACAGUGCUCCAUACCAAGGAGCAGCAAUGUGUCACAAUGUUCCCUUUCCUGAGCCAGAUUAAAUAUUUCUCACGUCUUUGCUCUGUUUUUACAGAAACACUGCUACAGACCUUUCUGUGAACCCUCACCCACCUCUUCUAUCUCUGUUUCCAUCUUUCUUUGUUCAGACGUAAAUGCUAUCAUGGCAUCUGCGUUGGCGCUGAAUGAAUACCUGCAGCAUUAGAUUGUUAUCCAGGUCUGACUGUCUUUGACAUUUUGAGGGCAGAAUUGUCCACUUAUCUUUUGUGACGGGUAAAUUACUCAAGAAAUGACAUUAAAAAGUUAGUACCAAGUCAUAACCUAUACUAAGUGUUUGAUGUAUUUUCUCUGAUCAUUUAAGUUUAUGAUCUUUGGCUGCUGCUACACCCACUUCCCCUCAGUUGCUUUCCCUGCCCAGUUUGGGGGUCCAUCAUUGUAGGACUCCUCAAUGGCCGUGUGGUUGAAACAGACUGCUCUCAGCCACACACACCAGACUGGCAGGCUCUGGGAAAGCUGCCUACUAUUUCUGAUUCUUAUCCAAAUCUGCACGCUGUGUUAUUUGGCAGCCGCUGGUAGGAAUGGAGUGCAUGUAAACAUAGGAUGGUGCUCAUUCUAAUAUCAUGUCCUGUCUUCAUCAAAUGGGUUUCAUCUUUUUCCCAUGUCAGCAUGGAGAUAUGUCAUAUCCAGUUAUAUCCGACAAGAGGGAAGUAUUAAAAUCUUUCAGCAAAGCUUGGCAGGCAAAGGCUUGAUGAAGACAUUUCAUGCCAUAAAAACACCUGUCCUCAAAGAUUACUAAGUCCUUGGCACAUAAUUGAAUUUCUAGAAGUCAAUUCCAGCACAAGGAGCGCUCUGGCAACCUACUGGGUAAUUUAACCAGUAGGUUGUUAUUGCAACAUAAAAUAGCAAUAAAAAUUGCACUGCCAAGCCGGCCAAAUGACAUAAAAUUAAGAGCUUCUCUAAACUUCUAGAGACGUAAAUCAAGUCCAUGUUGAACCUUGUUAAUGGCUGCAGGGGAUUUACAAAUCACUUUUGCUUGGUCUUGUGCCACAUUUGACCAGUAUUCAAAUCUUUGGUUUUAUUCAGCGGCUAUGCAAACUGUCUGUGUGUCACCCUGAGCCUUUUUUCCUGGCUUACUUACUUUUAUUAUUUUUAGAUUAAAAGUGACUGUAGCAGAAAAGAUCAGAUACAGUUAGCCACUUUGUUUGCUCCUCGUCCUCUGUCGAUGCAGAUGAAUUUGACGGGGUCAGCCGGUCAGUGCGGAUUAUGAUGCAUUUGAUCCUGCCUGUCAAUAAAACACCGGUCAAUGCAUCUCCGAUCGGACAGCUCCAUUGUUGAUGUUAAUUGUGUGCGUACGGGGGAUGGGGAAGGGCAGGGCAGAGAGCACAGGAGACAAAGAUGAAUUCAUUUUAGAUGUCACAUUACAGAGGCACGGCCGUGCACUUUCUGUCACGCUGGUGUCAGCUCCAUCCACCAACUGGAUUAACUACUUCUCUCCACGAACAUGACAAGAACAAGGAAGCAAUUUAAUUUCUUACUGAUGGAGAGCAGCGGCUAAUUUCCACUGUCCAGCAGCCACGAUGGCACUUAAUCUUUUUUUAGCCUUUGUUCUUCAUAGAUGGAAGAAAAGUACUCCGCGGUUCACUCCAUGCUCGAUAGCAUAACAUGACUGAUCAGAAACAGCGUCAGCACUAAGCGAUGAAAACUAUUCCUCCUCGAUUACCUUCAUAAACAUGUUGUUCAGAGUUAAAACCUCGAAGGCAAAGCACAUUCUUUACUCUUAUGAAACUAGUUGAAAUAGUUUCCAUUCUUUGUCCCUGAUACAAACUUUAUCCUGAUGAGCAGUAAUAGACAGUGUGGCUGAACAGGCAGAGAAGACGCGCAUAUUAAUGUGUUUCCACAUUACAUGGGUGGAAAGACACGUCACGGUUGUUCUUUCUCAUUGUUUGAUUAACCGGUGAUCUUUAGAAAGUGUCGUGCCAGCAGCAGCCAAACACGAUCCCUGACAACAUAAACAAAGAAAAACAAGAACAUGGACUUGUCACUACAAGUCGCUGACGCCCUUUGUUUAGUGGUCAAGCAGAACGGGCGGAUUAAGAAAUCAGCUGGAGCGUGAUUUUGAUAUCUGGUUUCUCAGCCAGUCCUUAUCAAGUCUGGAGCCGACUCAGUCUUUCACUUCUCACAGGAGAUUGUGAAACCUACAACCAGAAUGUUUAAAAGACAGUUUGACAGCCAGCCAGUCCUGGUAACACUGUUUCUUUCAUUUGACAACUUUUUUUUCCUGCUUACAAACUCCAUGUCGUAACACAAGUUUAAGAUGCCCUUACAGCAGGCAUUUUUUCACUCCUAUGAAUACAACCCUGUUGACCAUUUACCUCCUGACAAGUAUGUUACCUACUGAUGACCUCUGAAUGAGAUGUGUAGUAUGCUAGCUACUGCCGUCUAAGUCUGUCCAUCAAUAACUAACACAGCCAAGAAUGAAGUUGGUACAGCAUCAGAGAAAAACUUUGACAGCAGCCAUCUGUGAUUUUUAUUCUGUGUGCCGAAAGCAAGUUCAUAUCUAGUUUUCCUGGUUUGGGACUUUGGUCUAUUGAACAUCUGUUGGAUAAUUUCUUCUCAAAAGUGUUGUAGUUUGCAAAAGAGGUCUAACUUUGUCACCUGGUUCUAAGUCUAAUAACUCAGAUAUCUUAAAGCUCCUGUGAGCAAUUUGAUUUCUAAUGAAACAGAUGUGAACUAUCACUGAUGCCUCCCUAAGGGCUAAAAAAUCAAACAAAACCACCAAACAAAUCAUCAGAACAUAGAUGAGCUGUUUCUUUGUAGUUGUUUUGAAAGCCUGAAUUCACUGCCAAAGGGUAGGUGGCAAACAGCCAGUCAUUUUGCUCUUCAUAUUUUUCCUCAAAAAAACAAACAAACAUCAGAGUGACACAUUUCAUUGGUAAAAUAAUGUAAAUGGGGUGUUUUGUGAAAAAAAAAAACUACUCAAAACAUACCUUGAUUAAAAACCCUUUGAAAACUACUCUUUGAAUGAAGUUUAUCGCUAUCUCUACUUACACACUGACAGAAAAAGAUUGGCCAAAAGGUGGAGCAUACACGGGCACCAAAAUUUACACAAACCAAGGGAUCUUUACAGGAUCUUUACAUUAAUCUCAUAAAACUGCCUAAAUAUUAAAAAAAUUUUAUGACUGCUCUUUUCUUUUCCACUUUCUGACUUUGACCUGCAUCCUUUUAUGGUGAGAAAAUAAUGACUGCUCUUUUUUUGUGGCUGUAAAUGGUAGAAAGAUCCAGCUGAAUCCCUCCAGUUCUGUUUCUGAUGAAGGUAAUCAGAUUACAGCUUCAAUAUCCAGAGUGCAGACUUUAGUGCAGUAAAAUUGAAUUAUGGUUUAACCCCACUGAGUGAAAUUCUGUCUGCAGACUGCAGAAACUCUCGUUUUGUCGGAGCCAAAUUAACAUGCGCCAAAGCUGAAGGACCACUUUUACAAACAAAGGGUACACUUGACCUGUCUUUUUCACCCUGAAUAUCAUCCACUCAGACAUGAAAUACUGAAAGAGCAGGCUUUUUCUGAUGAAAACUCAUCAUUGCUGUUUGUCUCAUUACGUUUGUUAAUAUCACCUUUGAGUCAACACCAGCGGAACAAGAGUAAAUAAAAAGCUGCAUCAUGUGUUCUUUCUUCAAUCUUCAUAUUCAUCACAUGAUGAACACCUGACUGUUUACACUGAGCAGCAAAUGAGCAUUUGAGGUCUGUAAUAACGCCACUUUUACUCUGACCUUUUUCAUUUCAUAUGACUGUAAUGUUCACGUGUGUCAUCUCUGGAACAAAACCAAACAUCGCGUGUUGGAUCGGACUGACGUGUGCGCUGUGACUUUACAUUUUUUUGUUUGUGGGAACUCUGGAGCGAUUCUGUGCUGGUGCGAGUGUUUGCUCUGGUGCAUUAAUGACACUCAUAAAAGGGCUUUGGCCUGGAACAAUGCAGUGUUUGAAUAUGGCUGAUCAUGUGUUCAUGAGCCGCAUCAAGACCCCCCACCCGCUCCCCCCCCCCAACCCCUCUCUCUGCCUGCGCUACACACCCAUCCCCCAUUCUCAUGUUUACAUAUGUGUUUACAUUUUUAGCUCUUUUCAGCUCUCUCUAUACUCACGAAACAGCUCUUUUCACCGUUUACUUUGAAGUUUAUUUCAUUUUAUUACAUAGAGCAACCGUACAGAUAUAAAAACACAGCGCUCGCCAUUCAAGUCAAGCUGGUCGAAAGCAAGUUCAUACUAAUCUCCUUCAUGAGAGAAAACCACUUACGGACUCCUGAGAUUAAUGUGAAGUUGUGAAACUGGUCGCCCAACAUUUGGUUAAAGGGGAUUUAGUCUCAGUGUAAACGUGGUUUCUGCUACUUAUAGACGUAGAGAAAAAAAAACACACAAAGACUGUCAUUAAAUCAAACACGUAUUAUGCAAAGGAGGGGAUGGAAUGCAGUCUGUAACGUAGCUACAUGUCUUUAUUACACAACCCACACAGAUCUGCUCAUUUCAACCAGAAGGUACCUCUCAGCCUCUAGCUGAACAGUGAAAACAAAACUGAAACACCUAAAUAAGAAGGUAAUACGAAGGUCAUCAUCUGAAGCUCACGGUAUGAGGACAUGUUGCAGCUGCACUUGUCAAAAAGUUCAUCCUUGAACUUUUCGGAUCCUCCAAUUAAAAACCCAGAAGAUUCAGUUUCUCUUCUUCUGUCUUUAUAAAGUCAAAUCUUUGCGUUUCUUUUCAUCUGUCUAUAAAAACCUGAAACUCUCCCCCCAUCCUGCCUCCACUACUGCUACACACGCCUUUCUUUCAACUCUGACCCCUCCCGUGUUUGUGUGUGUGCGUAAGCCUGAUCUGGACAUGAUGAAGGUGAUUGGCAGGUGUAAGGGAGCAUGGAGACGAUACCACCGCUCCCCUCACAGUUUUGGUUUUCAGUUGCAAAGCCUCUAUUAUGUGCUAUGUGACACUUGUGUGCUGCUGGCUUGCUAACUGCCAUUUGCAUUAAGAGAGAAGUAGACCCCUCCCCCUCUCUUUCCCUUACACACACGCACACACACACACACAUGCACAGACACAUGUACACCCCCUCUUCCCUCUUACUGUAUUACCUUCCUCCUCAGCAGCUCUGCUUUGAUGGCUGCAGCAACAGGCUGCUCUUCGGUUACUGAUUAUUUGCAGAAUAAAACCUCUCUGUUUUGUGCGUCCCAAGCCUGUUUAUAAUUUCUCUGCAGACGUUCUGUCGCUGACCUACAUAUUCAGCUGGGUGGUAAAACUAUCAAACGGGGGCUUCGGUUAACUUUCUACAGUUGUCAUUUUUUCCUCUUAAGUCGUUUUGCUUCACAGAUCGGUUUAAACGUUUUUGUCUGUGGCUGUUUUUGACUUUUUUUGAUCAGGAGAAGUUUCAGUCGAGUUGUAAAACACUAAAACCCUUUUGAAUGUCAGUCACAUAGUCAGCUCUGGAGAUUUAAUGGCCUUUUUGUGUCAGGGUAUUUGGUAAAGGGGUGUGAUCUGGCUCCCAGCGUUACCAGUUGGCCCAGUUUCUGGUGGUUUAUCUCGUUUCUUGAAGUUUAUCUGAAUAGCAGAGCUUUAAUCCAGGAGGGGCCCCCUGCCCCAGCACAUACUAUAGAGGCCUACAAAAACCACACCCACCUCUGCCUGAUAAAGUCACUCUGUAUACGUGUUCAUGUGUGUAUAUAUGCUGUAUGUAUGUAUGUAUGUGUGUGUGUGUGCAUGGUUAGGGGCAGCAGGGGAGUUGUAAUGUACACAAGGGUUAUAUACAUGGAGCCGAGAGAGGGGAAGAGACAAACAGGAAGUGAGGGAAACUUAUACAAGAUGACUGACAGAUUGAAAGAAGAGCGAAAAAACUAAGAUAUAAAACUGGGGAAAAGAGGUGGAGGGGUGAAGAUGAGUGGAGAGAAAGCAUAUAGAUGUGGGUGGUUGUGGUCUUGCCGGUCAGACGGGAUCUUAGUUGAAGCAAACUGAAGCAUCAGACCCACAACAGCCAAUACUCUCCAUAAUGCAGCUGCUCCAUUACGGGCUUCUUUUCAAACCACAGGUCAACAUGUUUUGAAGACAGAGUAUUAUAUUAAGAGUGAUGUGUGUGUCACCACAACAAGCACACAUUAGCUUGUUUGGUUUGUUUUUCUCAUCCAUGCUGACAUUUCUUAUGCUUUUUAAUCAGAAUGGAUGUCCUUUCACUGUCUCAUACAGCGCUUACACAAUUUAGAAACUUUUGCCAGAUCUUCUUUAUCUGGAGUUGAAAGCAAUCAGACGUUAGUCUUGUAGAGCUGGAUCGAGUAUCAGCGACAGUGAAGCAGAUACUGAGCUGGCAUAGUGAGUACUGUCGUUAGCUAAGAAAAGAGGAGCGGGCCUGCUUUCAUGGGGGCAGUCUGUUUUGUGAUUUUAUCCCACAACUUUUUCUCAUUUUUAUUCAGGAGUUUUGACUUCUUUAACUUUUUUUGAUGAAUUUCAAAGCGAAGUUCUUCAAACUGAUUAAAAUUGAUACAUAUGCUCUUUAUAUUGUACAAAACCCAGCAAAAUCCUCGCUUAGAAGAACAACAGUUUCUAGAUUUUAAUUUUUAAGGCCUAUCACUGCUGCGAGGGGGUUGGUGUCAGAUCAGAUGGCUCAAGUAUCUGCCUUUUCUCACCCUUUUUACACAGCAAAUAGCACAACGGCUAAAAGGCUGGACAAGAUUUUGACAGAGAAAAUGUGUAAGAAAAUGUCAACAAAGGGAUGGGAGAGCGCAGUGAAAGGAGAGCCAAAAUCGACACAGACUUAAAGUUGCUCACAGUAUUUUUUAGGUUACAAAAAUUUGAUAAAGGUGAUCUAUUAGUACCUUUGGCCUAAACUUUCUUUCAUCUCGCUACACAACUUUUAUUAUCCUCUCAUUUAUGUUAGAAUUGAGACUAAACAAUAAGUCAAAGCAGAUGUUGUGAUGUGCAUAGAAAUAACAUCCUGCUUUCUUUUAGCUAUUAGAUAUAUCACCCAUUGUGAAUUUGUAUUGAAAUGCUAAACAAAGACACACACUGUGGUAUCAGGCAUAGAAACUUCCGUCAUGUCCUUGAUGGUCCUGCUUGCCGAUAGAAACUCCACACGGGAGCUUUGAGUAAAUAGAUUUAGUGACUGUGACAAUAUCGUUUCAAUAAUAAAUCAAUCAUUGGGCUGUAUUUGGGUAUAGGCUUAUUAUGACGCUCAUGUGAACAUGUUAUCCUGCUUUUAAACAACCUGUGAACACAAACCGUUCAGUAUCCUGAUGUGAGAUGUACCAGGAGCAAACAGGAUCUUUUUAUCCUGACCUCUGUUAUCUGUUCAGUUAUUACAAAAGUGGAGUCAAACAUUAGGGAACAUGGCUGCAGACCGAAACAGAGGUUCAAAUCUCUGAGGACUUCCGUUUGUCGGUACGAAGCAGGAUACAGUGUCUACAUCCAUGUUGAUAGUGAUCGGUGAAUAAGACUUGAAACUGGAUAUGCAUCUAUGUGAGGGAUCCACUGAACCCCAAAGACACUUUGCUUUAGAUUUACAGGUUCUUCACUCGGCAGGAAACAGUGAAAUAUAUCCACACACAGGCUUCUAUCAAUAUAAUGCUGCAGUAAUAUGUCUAAAUCACCGUGAAUGUGUCACCAUCACUGCAUCAAAGUCUCCGCUUAAACAGUUCAUUCAGUAUAAUUUCAUACGGUUGAUUUACUUAAAUACUUUCUUUCAUCUUUGCACCUAAAAUUUGCACAUCUACAUCUGAUCUGGGCGUAGCAGCGCUCCGAACACAUCACAAGGGGAAUAUUUGUUUAUUUGAUUGAGAGAGAAAGAGAGAGGGCAAAUAAAGCGACAUGGGGGGAAGGGAGUUAGGAGGGGUAAUUUCCAAGAUUUAUGGUGCGGCACUUCACGAAAUGCAUGCAUCCUGUAAUUAAAACUCCCCCUUUGCCUCCAGCAGGCCUGUACAUUAGCUGGCAUCCCCCCACCGCUCCCAUCCACCCAAACCCCCACAGACCCCACCCCUCUGUUCCCCUCCAGAUAAUAAGAUCUGAUGGCUGCGCGGUGUCGCUAAUGAGAGCUGAAUGCCGCAAUGAGGGACAGUCUGUUAGUGGUUAGAGGCCACAACUACUGUCACCAUCAUACCAGACUUCAGCUGGGCCGGCCUUUCAUUUGACUUUUCUCAGCGCAGUAUUCGCAUGAAGAAGUGAAGAAAAGCUAAAGGCGUGUCGCCCUGAUGGACCUCAGAAUUUUUCAGUUAGUCGCAAGAGUUGCAUAAUUGUGUUAUAUUUGGAACAUGUUAUGUGGCAAGAUGUCGGCCAUGUUGGGGUUGAGAUAAAGUGUCCUCAAGAUAAGAAACGUUGUCCAUCAGAAAAAGUUGUUUUAAGGUUCAUUUUUUUAGGAUAGCACCUCUUGUAACAAACUCAUAUUGAUAUUAGAUGGCGUAUUUUACUAUUAUAAUUAUUCUAAAUCAAGCUUCAUCUAGGGUUUCUUUUAUUGGUACGUAAACCGCACAUUGCACUUUGUUUCUGCGUUUUAUCUUAUGCACUCCGUUCAUGCAAAAAUACUGGUAUGACAGACAUAUGCUUUUCUUUUUACCUUCUAAAUCGUCUUUAAUGCUUUUUACCUCCUGAACUGUUUUUUAUGUAAAUGUAUUUUAUGUCAUUGAUUUUCUUUUUAUGAUGUAUGGCAGUGUUUUAAAAUGUCUGUGCCUGCUGCAACCUGAUUUGCCCAUUUUUGGGACAUAUAAAGUUGAAGUGAAGUGGAUAAAAUAGAAUUUGAUUGUACUUUUUUUUUUCCAUUAUAGGGUUUCAAGGGUUUGGCCCAAGUUUUUGUCAAAUAAUCAUGAGGUUCCAUUGAAUUUGUUUGGAGUUGUUGUGGUUACUGGUCAAAACAGGCCAUUUCAGCAGAACUUCUUGGACACUAAAUGAUUCACUCUUUCUCUUUAUGUCUUUCUCCGUACAGUUAGACUGAUGAAAUAAUCAGCAGGCGUACUCAUGAAAGAAGUGUGAGCGAUAUCAUGUUGCUGCAGACUGAUUUGCAUGUAACUGUUUUUCAGUUUUGUUGUUCCUUGGACUUUCAUUUCAUCUCUUGCAUGUCAAAGCUGAGUGUAAAGCAGCCGCUAUGAUGUUAAAGUGCCUAAAAGGAGGUCCACAGAUUCUUUGUUGAACGCAGAAAAGGUCUAAAGAUACAGUGAAGUCCGAUGCAUGGUUUCAGUUUACCAGCGAAUUAAUAAAAAGCUGUUGCUGAUCAUUUUUCUGUUGGAGAAAGAAAUCCUUUCACUCCAGCAUGAAACAAUUUCAUUUGGUGAGGUUAAAUCCUUUCUUUGGUGUGAUAUGAAAACGCUCGGCAGUAAAGCCUGAGGCUGAGCUGUGGCUCUGCCCGCAGGCUGGGGGCUGUUGUGUCUGUGCAGAAACAAUACGCUGCUUUUGUUUGGUGGUGCUCAGCUGCGCGCAACGUUUCACAACCUUUGCCAUUUUCAAUAAGAGAUUAUGAAACUGCCUGACCUCACACGUAUACCGCCUCGAUGUGAUAUGUGGUCGUCAAAUGUAGAGACCCAGAGCUAGAUAGUGGCUCUGAACCUCCGCUCGCCCUGCUAUAGUGGACUGUGUACUAGCCUGUAGAAUGUGACACUUAAUUAUAAGACCACCACCAACAUUAUUUUACUAUCACACUGGUAAACUAGGCUGGAAAAACAAGCACAGGCUCAAUGGCCUCUCUGUGCUCCCCCCUGAGUGGGCGCCCCACUUUUACUGCUAACUUUCCCCGAACUUUCCAGAGCCCGGGGCCCCGCCGCCGGCAGCUGGAGCCACAUCAGGAUCUCAUCAAGCCGGACUAGUCCUUAACAUUUCUUAAAGUUUUUCUCUGUGGCUGUCAUCUCCUCUUAUAAUCAACCAAUACAGAGCUCCUCACAGCAAAAAGAGACUGAUGUGCUCACAUGUUUUGGUGUUUCCCUGUCAGAUUUAUCACAACAGAUUCUGACAGCAGCUUCUCUUCUCAGGGAUAAAUUGUGGAUCAGAUUCAUUUAUGCCGACACAUUGGACUUUGAUUUUUUCAUGUUGGAUCUCAAAUAUUUGCUGUACCAUUGAAUAAAGUCAGACCUUGUUGCCUCAUCUCUCUCUCCUCUCUCUCUUUCCACAGCUGUAUGAACUGGACAGAGACCCAAAGAGAAAAGAGUUCCUGGACGACCUCUUCAGCUUCAUGCAAAAGAGAGGUACGGAGCUGUGUGAAACUAACAGAGUUUCCUCUGAACAAAUAUUUUCUUUUGAUUCAUUAGAAUACUUCUCCAUCCAUUUCUUUCCUUCUUCAAUCGCUUUAUUUCUGUGUCCUAGAAAGACUCAUUAGAGAGACUUAAUACCCGGUCCCCUCCUCCUCCCCUCAGAUCUUUCUGUGACAUUUGACACAGCACCUUCUUCUCAUCUUUCGCUCACUUGGGUGGGGUCUUUAUUCAUUUUGGAGAUGAUUGCUUUAUAGCCUAACAGCUCCUCGUCGUUCCCAGGCUAUAAGCAGAAAAGGACAUCGUGUCAUGUCCAGGAGUGGAUUAGUUUACCUUCCAGCGCUGCGGCUUGUCCACACAGCCAUGUUCUGGCUCCUAGCAAAUAAACACACACUCGCUUCCACACCCACUGGAGUAGCCAGCGUGCACACCUUCACUCAGUGACCCUCAGAGCUGCAAACUUAGCUGAAUAAACCUGCUUGUCCUCAUUCAGACAGCUCACUGUCACAUUUAGGCUAUUUUGAAUCUGAUAUUUAUUGAGAACACAGAAACCAAACAAUUCCAGCUGUUUCUUGUGUGAAAAAUGAAAAAGGGCCUCAUAAAUUUGCAAAACUUGAUCAGUUUUCGAAAGAAAUGGACUAAAGAUUAUUAUUAUUAUUUUUGAAUAGAGGCUUAAAGAGACAACAGACAUGCGCUCAAAACUGAAAAAGCAUCAUGUAAUGUUUACAGUGUCAGAGCCACCGGCAAUGGGCGGAUCUGCCGGGUCUGUUCUGAGGAUCUAUGAGCGCCAUCUGCAGGCCAUACUCCAAAAUCACUUAGAAAUGUGAAAAAUAAAAGAAUGCUGAAUGCACUUUCAAACAUUUAUCGAAUUUGUCUAACUUGUCUAAAGAAUUGACUUACUUUAAAUGAAAAGAAAGAAUCCCUGUGCUAUCAGGUUACCUGAUGUUUUAAGCAAAAAUGUAACCUUUAUUUGGUGUUUUGCCUGCUGAUACCUCACUCUGGAUACUGAUUCAGCCUCAAACAUGAGUUCUGCUGCCAAAAUGUUUAAAUGACUUAUUAAAGAUCAAACCUCUGUAGCUGAGGAUUUUGCUGCAUCAAGUUCAGAUCCAAACUACUUUUUUUUUCCAACAUAUUUUAUUAAGUUUUACAUAUAAGAAAAACAUACAAUUAACACUGCAGCAAUAGCAAUGAUGUAUAAAUGUACUAUACAACAAAACUAUAGAAAAAUUGAAAGAGAAAAAUAAGUGAUUAAAGAUAAAAAUAAUUUUAAAAUAAUAGUAAUACAAGUAAAACAUUAUUAACAGAAAUAAAACUUAAAUAGAUAAUAAUAAUAAUAAUAAUAAAUAAAAUUCCAAAAAAGGUUUCCAUACUGUAACAAACUGUUUUCUUUUCCCUUUCCCUUUCCAACGCAAGAUAUGUUGCUAUCUCCUUCAACCAUAACUUUACAGACGGCAACUGAAUAUUUUUCCAGAAAAGAGCGAUCAGUCUUCUAGCUUGUAGAAGCCCCAAAUCAGUCAAUACUGAUUGUUUAGAGUUGACAACUACAUUUUCAGGGUAUAUACCCAGGAUACAGAGCAGAUCCAAACUACUUUAUUAAAACUUAAGCAGGUUUAUGAGCAUGUUUGUUUUUAGUCAGCCAUCUUGAUUAUUUUUCUAAUGUUCUUAUUGGAUGUUUAAUAUUCAGCCUGUUUACUUUUGCCACAGGCUGUCUCUGUGCAGGAAGCUACAUGCUGUCUACUUCAAAAGAAGUUUCCUGCAUUGCCAUGUUUUCUUACACUGUGUUGACCUUCUUCCUUUGUGUUUGUGUGUGUGUGUUUGUGCGCAUCUGUCUGUGUGUCACUCCAGGAACCCCUGUGAAUCGUAUUCCCAUCAUGGCCAAGCAGGUCCUGGAUCUGUACAUGCUCUACAGGCUGGUGACGGAGAAGGGCGGCCUGGUGGAGGUCAUCAACAAGAAACUGUGGAGGGAGAUCACCAAGGGACUCAACCUGCCUACCUCAAUCACCAGUGCAGCCUUCACCCUCCGCACACAGUCAGUACACACACACAUACACACACACACACACGUACAGAUUUUGUUACUUAAAUCCUGAGAGACAAAACUGAUAAUACUGCCCAGUGUUUCAAACAUUUAGAGCUGCUUUCUGUCAGGUUUGCAUGUGAACGGGUGUAAUUCCUAUUUCAGCUGACUACAUGCUUUCAGUCGAGGUUUGCUGCUCUAUAAAUCUUUAUCUAACGAGAGAGAAACUCGUAUUUUAAGUCUUAUCUCCAAAAGUAUUUCCUUUUUCAGUGAGAGUUGUGGUCCAGCACUACAAGUCUCGCAGGCUUGAGAUCUACUUAAAAAGCUUUACCGGAACCUUUGACUCAAAAACUACAUUUACAAAUCAUGAAUGUCUAAAAUGUAGAACCAUUCAUGUGGCAACUUUUGGUUUUAUUUCAGCGAGUAUGGGUGAAACUCCCAGAACAAAAGCGCCUACUCCUCCCACAAUUACCUUCUCACACUGUGACAUACUUCUCAUCAUGAGACACUGAUCUUAAUCAGAAAGUUUGUGGAAUGCCCCUUUAAGUUAAAAAGAACAACUUUAUGCAGUUUGUAGUUUAGUGUGACGUUUACAUUUUUAAUCAGUGAGGAAAUCCCCGUAAACACAAAAUGUUAGAAAAUAAAAACUCUGUGUUUUCUCUGCAGAUACAUGAAGUACCUGUACCCGUAUGAAUGUGAUAAGAGGGGUCUGAGCAACCCCAAUGAGCUUCAGGCAGCCAUCGACAGUAACCGACGAGAGGGUCGGCGUCAGAGCUUCGGCAGCUCCCUCUUCACAUACUCACCCAACGGGACGCCCACCAUGCUCUCCUCACCCAAACUUCCCACCUCCACUGUGGGCCUGACUGUGGGCACCAACGGGGCUUCGCUGACCCCCAUUCAGAAGAUCAAGAAAGGUGAAAUGUCCUUAUUUAGUUAUCUCUUCCAACAAAUUAGAUUACAUUUCUUACGUUUUUCAGGCUGUGUGCCUUUUUUAUUGAUAGGCGAGCUGAAGGGAGUCAGGGACUGUGGGGAGUAGAGAGUGGGGAUGAAAUAUGCAGCAAAGGGUCAUGGCUGGGAGUCAAACCAGUGACCGCUGCAAGAAGGACCACAGCCUCUGUACAUGGGACGGGCACUUAAACCACUUGGCCAACUGCUGCCCUGAAAAAAAGCAUUUUUGACUGAGAUUUCCCCCUCUGUUGUCUCUGGUCAGAAGAGGAGGGAGGCCAGCCGCUGCCGGGUAUUGGCAUGGCUCGUCUGUCGGCAGGUGCUUUGGCGGGACACUCUGUGGCUGCUGUGCAGGCGGCGGCAGCAGCUCAGGCAGCGAUGGCGGCUCAGGUUGCUCAGGUGGCCGCUCUGGAGCAGCUGAGGGACAAACUAGAAGCGGGCGAGCCACCGGAGAAGAAGAUGGCGCUGCCGGCAGAGGAGCACCACCGGCUGCUGCAGAGAGCGCUGCAACACAACCUGCUGGCCAUGACUGCUCAGAUACCUAUGAACAUCCGCAUCAAUAACCAAGGUACAACGCAGAAAGAUGUACCUGAUAUUACAAGAUGAAAAUAAACAAUAAACAUCUCCUGAUUCCCUGAAAGUCAAAUUUAACACGAAAGACAGUCAGUAUUGUCACCACAUAGUUUCUUAAUAGUUUUUCGGGAACUUAACUUCCUUGGUUAGAUAAAAGUCAUCCACGAACACAAUUUUAAUGUUCUUUUUAUUUAAUUUCUAAUCAUUUUUAAGAAUUAAGCUCCCAUGUUUGCCUGUUUUAAGUCUCAUCAGAUUGGAAAAGGAUAAUAAGGCUCAAUAGAAAUCAAUAUGUGAAUAUAAUCUGCUUAAAAUACAGCAAUAACCCUCAGUGAUCGAUGACAUGAAGGGACUGGAAAUCCUAAUUCAUGUAUUUGGUCGGUCAGCACUAGGGCUGCUCUCACUGAGGGAUUUACCUGCCUUUCAUAAGACAUCAGAUCAGACCGUCAAAAGUCCCUACUUUAGAUUCUCUGCCCGAAACUUGACUUUCCCAAAAUCCCUGUCAGUUUAAAAGAAGACAGAUUUUUGCACAUGAAUAUUCUUACGUCAGAUUUGCAUAGGGAAUAAACGUUUACUUUAUUACUUCACUAGAAAUUUGACACAAACUGGGUUUCCCACUUUGUCACCGCUCCUGACAGUUACAGUAACGUCAUUCUUGAUAUCUUGCCACAAACCGCUGCUCCCAGCACUGAGGAAGUUCACUCAUAGCGGGCCUAUAUGCUGACCUGUCGAGCCUAUAUUCAUGCAUAUAGUUCUUGUCUGCGUUUAUAUGUGGGGGGAUCCCCCUUCUGCUGGUGGUACUUUGAUCCUAUAGCAUUUGUCUGUUAUCUGAUAAAACAUGCAAACUGUUUCUCAGUACUGACAAUUCUGGGACUUCAGGGAAACAGUGAACGUUUUUUUGUAAAUUUACAUGGAGAGUUUUUCAUGCCCUCCAUGUUGAGGCACAAAAUAUGUACAACAAAAACUGAAAUAGUUCAUGAUGCAAAUAUGAGUAGAAAAAAGAUUUCACAUUAGAAAACAAAAGCAGUAUUAAAGUUAAUCAGUAUGUAAUCACCAAUACUGUAACAAUAAACUGAUAUUUGUAUGUUACUAAAAGAGUUUUACCUUUUUAAUUUCCAGAUGUGUUACUUUAUUGUAGUUUUUUAGGGAUUGAAUUCUCUGGAAAAAACGUCUUCUUUUUUCAAAACUGAACUCCAGAUUGAUGUUUGAUUGAUAUUUAAAUAAAAAUUCAACCCAAUGGAUUUACAGAGCGGAAGAGAGCAGUUCUCAUCAAAACAACCCAAUUAACUCGGCUUAAAUAUGUCUAUUUAUAAUCAUUAAUCUAAGGCUUUCAUUAGCUCGUAAGAUAUCAGCUCCCAGACUCUUAAGAUAAAGGCACCAGAAAGACUAAAGCAACUGUGUUUUUGUAUCCUGUAAAAAAAAAUUGGACAUUAUGUUGAUUUUUAUUUUCAGAAGUGUUCAGGUGUUUUCUGUCAGCAGUGAUUUUGUAGGAAAUCUUGGAUUUGUUCUUGAAAUUCAGUUUUUGACUGAUGUUUCUUGUCCACUCUUCAUAAAUCUAAAAUGUAAGUGAAUGUUAACACCUUUGUUAUUGGUCCUUUUUUUACAGACAGCAGGCAGGACUCGGCCCUGAACCUCACCACCAACGGCACAGGCAGCAUCAGCAUGUCAGUGGAGCUCAACGGAGUGGUUUACACUGGUGAGUAUCGCUGACUUAUAAACUUUAAAUUUGUACACAGCUGCGUUGAGUUUCAUGUCCUUUUUUAUGUCCAGUGUAUCAAACAGGAAGCAAACGCAAACAGAUGCUUGGCUUAGACUGGAGCUGUGACAUCUGAGGAAACUGUUGGCUUUGACUCCUCUUAAGCAAAUAAAUCUGCCAGCUAACAACUUCAACAUCAAUUAUAAGCAUGUUUUGCUUAUCUUGUCUUUUCACUGUACUCAAACAAGUCUGUGGUUUUAGGAGGAGUUACAGGGUGUAAUUAUUUUAUGACUGCUGCAUAACAGCCAGGUGUGGUGACACCACAGACCUGAUGACAGUGUGUUGGAUUUGCUUCCACUGAGAGAGUAAUUAAACUGGAUGUCACUUAUCAAACUUCCUGUGCAGCCACCAGAGUCCAGACAGAGAAAGAAAAAAAUGAUUUAAAAAGCCGCCUUCAAAUACUUCAGAGUAUUAAUAAACUCAACCUUAUUUGUAUUGCACCCUUCGUAUAAACACAUACUGACAGUGAUUGACAUUAAUGAAAUAAAAAACUUCAUAAAGUCAGUAAGCUGAAAUAAAUUAAAUAGAGAAAAGGCCAUUAACUACAAAUACCUACAGUGAAUAAGACAAAAAGGCACCUUUGACAGAAAGAUGUCUUAGGAUAAUCAGAUCUUUAUUUUGUUGAGCCAAAUUAUUACAAAAAUGCUGCAAUACGCAAUUUUAAGGUUCAAUCGAUAGUUUGCAUGCUGUGAUUUUAGCUGACUGUUACUGCUGGUCCUCAGGCUUGGUGCCAGGUCAGACUUUUCCUUUCUCUGCUCCACCUCCUUAACAAUCUCCCCUUUACAAACUCUCUGUAAGAACUUAUCUUAAAACAUCCCAGAGCCAAGCUAACUGUUUCCAUCAUCAUUCAGCCUUUAAGUACGAUGGAUCCAUAUUUGUGCAAAAACAACAUUUUUUUGUGUCCAAAAUUGCAAACUGUGCAAUAGCGUACGUAUUAUUUUUUGUGUACAGUUCAGCAACAUUUGAGUGUUUUCUCCCCUCUCUCCCUCAUCCCUCUUUGGACAUGAUUGCCAGUGGUUACUUUGGUAGACUGUAGCAAAUGUAACAAUGUGUGUACACGAGUGAUAAGACCAUUAAUCUAAUUUUGACUAAAAAAAAAUCACAGGUAGCGAACAGUCUGUACUAAAAUAACACUUAUUACUCAAAUAGAAGCGUUAUUGAUGCCACAGCAGAGCUGCUUUUUCAUUAAGAAUAAGAAGAACUUUAUUGAUCCCAGAAGGGAAAUUCAACUGUCUGUUGUCUCACUCAAUAUGUCUCUAAAAGUUAUCUAUUUACACAAGUUAUAAAUUGCCAGGCCAGACUUUUCCUUUCUCUGCUCCACCUCCUUAACAAUCUCCUUUUUCCAAACUACAUUAGAAUCUAAACAUUAGUCUGUUUUAUUGUAUGCUUUCGUAGUAUAAUAUUUCCUUGUAAAUAGUGUACAUUUCGCAUACCAUAGGGUUACAUUGUACAAGUAUGGUGUUAUGACUGCAGCUGCUGUCUUUUCUCUUAUAGAAUAAAAAUCAAAAGGGUCCCUUCUAACAUCUGUGUUUUUCUGUCUUGUGUCAUUUUUCUAUCUAGGCGUCCUUUUUGCUCAGGCAGCAGGAGGUUCUGUCUUCUCAGGUGCGUCUGGAUCGUCCGUCUCCAACAAGACGGCCAGCAGUCGUGCCGCUCCUCAGCAGCAGCAGCAGCAGCAGCAGCAGCAGACCACACCUACCUCAACCUCAACCUCCAGCAACUCAUUGUCUUAACAAAACCCCUGCCUUUACCCUUUAUUAUUAUUAUUAUUAUUAUUAUUUUUUAAUACCACGCUAAGCAAAGCCAAAAAGCAACCUCAUUUUCUACACAAUCUAUGCCAAAAAGAGAAGAACCGCAAACCUUAACACAAAGACAAAAAACUGAAAGUCAGAUCACUUGAAGUACACUAUCUCAGGUUUUCGCUCACCAACUCACCUCUUUUGUUCUUCACAGCCAAAAAGAUCUCAGAAAACAGAAAAAUGUCUCAACUGAGAGCCAGUAUAUGCUAAACAAAUAUGUAUGCACAACCUGUGAAUUAUUUAUUUCUGCAUAAAUGUACAGAUUAAUGGAGAACAAAAGAGAAGGUAAUAACUAGGAAGGGUAAUGCACUGUUUACACACACACAAACACAGCUACUGAUGGACAGCGAUGUUUUAUCCUCGAGGGGAGAGAUAUUUCUAUUUUAUUUUAUCUUUUCAUUGUCAUUAUUAUCAUUAUUGUUAUUCUCUUUAUUGUGUUUAUCAAUUAAAUCUUUAACCAUCCUCUCACUGCAGGAAAAAAAUCUAUAUAUUUAGAAUUCUAUAAAAAAAAAGAAAAUAUGAAUAUCUUCUAUUUUUAAUCAGAAAAGCUUUAAAGGUAUAUGUUUUUUUUUUUCUUCAGGGCAUAUUACAAUGUACCAUUGUGACCUCAAUAUGUGUAAAACCGUAUAACCUUAUUCACGUGGCAGCCAUUUUGGAUCUGUGUGUAGAGGCGAGUCUGGGGUCGUAUCAGUAUAGCAGAUUCUCCAGUGAAACUCAAAUGUAAUAGAACUGGAGCUUGUGGAUCUGCCCGCAUAUUGAUCGACUUGGUGACACAUUUAAUCCAUAUUGAUUGCUGCCAGAGUAAGGAGUAGCUCAUUAGCUUGAAUGCUACGUAGCUGCUUUGUUCAAGUUGUUGUCGUUGUUGUUGUUGUGGUUCUUCUUCCUGAGACAGCUGGCUAAAUUUGACCUUAAAAGUCCUCUCCUGUUUGUUGACGUUUGGCCAGUUGAAUGCGUAUCCAUGCCAAUCUUACACGUAGUUUGUCAAGCUUCAUGUUCGAAAAGGCUUUUCGUAAGAGAAGAAUCAGCUGUGUAGGUGAAAAUGAGCUAAAGCCUUUCCUGAGGGUUUCUAUACCCUCACUGGACUCUGAGCAUCAGCGAUGUUCACGCCGACUGCUCCUGUUGUGAAUAACACACAAUUUUGAUUGUUCUCAGGUGUCUGUCUGCUCAUCUCUUGGUUAGAGCAGUGCUUUUCAACAUCUUUCUCUGCAGAAAGAUCAAUAUUUAUUUGUUUUCUAACUUGGCCUUCUCGUGGAGUGAUUGUCUUAAGGUCACAUGCAUGCCCGUAUUUGUACAUAGAGCCCUUCAAGAGUGAAGCAGGACAGGUGUAAUUUCCUGUCUUAAAUUCACAAGAGAUGUUCACCCACUCAACCAAUCAAUGUGGAGACUCUCUGGUGGACAAUCAGGUUUUCAGGAGAUGCUUUCUGAGCUUCAGAGGGAAAUUUCCUUGACAGUUAAAUCAGCUCAUAUCUGCCGUUUUUGUGUUUUUGUAUCAUAGAUUACAGAUGCUUUAAUUUUUGUUUCAGCUUUGUGUUUUGCAUGACUUAGUGCUUCUUCUUAUACAAGUGCUUGUUAUCCCGAGCUGCGACAAGGACAGCGGCUCCUUGAGAACAGCUUGCCACCGGUCGAGGAUGUAACAGAGAAUGUCUUUGGACUGUUUUUAGAUGUUUUACAGUGUGAGCUCAAAGUGAAUCAGCAGUUUAAGAUUUAUUGAAAGUGAAAUCGGCCACAGAGGAGAUACCAUAUCAUUCAUAUGUAGAAGUGCAUUUUGAAGCAGAUCAAUCAUUGAGCUUUUUGAACUUUAACCUGUGUUACCUCUCUGGACUGUUGGCUGUUAAAGAUUGUUACCCACCCCUGACCCCACCGCUACACAAAGCAGCCUCAUUCCUACUCACAUUAGGAAGUAAAUCAGGCUUUGUGUACGGGUCCUGUUCUAAGGCCUUAACUCAGCAACAGAUUCCCAAAGCGCAAGCAGUACCUCCGUCGAAUCACUCUUUACUGUUCCAGUCAAAUAUCACCAGAUGGCUGCUGUGGCUUUGAUUCUGGACUCACCUCUCAGUGGGGAUCCCCAAGGCUACUCCACAAACAGUACUCAGCUUUAAAAGUCCUUUUCCUUUUUACUCAGACGGUCUCAUUCAAACUCUCAGUCAAAGACACACACGGUCAUUAGAUGCUGCUCUUAUACUUCAGAAAAACAGCAAAAGGAAACUAUUCAGAGAGGAGCUUUGGUUGGAUUUAAGAAAAAACAAAGUUGAUGUCCAAGAUUUCAGCAUUUGGGUCGCAUCCUGAUGAAACUAACACAAAAUAUUUUUGUCCAUGAAGACAAAAUCCAAGAAAUUUUGGUAAUAAAAUUGGAAAAUAAUCAGCACACCCUGUAAUUUUUAGCUCAUGAAGUUUUCUGCCUUUAUUCAUCGAGAAAUUAAACAUAAGGUAUAAGGUUUACUCAAUUCUAAUCUAAGGUAUGAGUCUCUACAGUAAUGAUGUACACAUGCUAUUCAAAAUACGCUGACGUAUUUAGGAUCCAGCUUUGACAAAAAGACCAAAAGAAACCAACUUCUUUCAGAUCCAUUUACUUCUCAGGGCUUUGUUCCUCAUUGAUUCCUGUGUCUGAGAUGCUGCUGUAAAUUUAAUAUAUUGCUAAAGGCAGUGUGUUUUUGCCUCUGAGAUGCAGCAGCUCUCCUUCUGCACGAGCAGCAGAUGUCACAGUUGCUGGUAAAGGCUGACAAUCAAACAGAGACCUGCUGCAACUGCAAGCAUUAGUUUGACGGGGGAGAGCUGCUAGAGAUAGCUAAAUUAAAUCAAUACUGAUCCAAAGGAUCAACACAGCUUUUCUUAGAUCUGACCCUGUGACCUUUUGGCCCAUGAGGCAACACUGAAGCACCUGCCCCCCUCAAUAGAUCCAUGUUUAUCGUAUAUCCAUCGAUCAGCUCAGAGAGAUAUUUGCAUUUGAACAGCGGAGGUACUGCAGCUCGCUCUCUUACAGUAUGUGCAUUUUCAGGGAAGGUUGGCAUCUUGUUAAUUCUGCGUUAGGGACAAUCACAAGACGUUAUGACAACACUGUAUACCUCCAAACACACUCUAACAUCCCCCCAACCAUUGUCAAAGCCCUGUUUCUACCUCAAGAGAUUAAGCUUUUUGUAGAUUUCUUUGCUCUGGCCCUCACAAAGGCGCUUUUUGAAGGUUAAGAAAAAAGUUUGCAGGGACUUCACUCCGACUGCGAGUGAAAAGACAAUCAGACAUCAGCUUUAAAGUGUAACCUUCAAGCAAUCUCAGCGGUGGAAGUGGAACAAAGGAUGGCAAUGAAGUUGCUGUUUCAGCUCAAGAAUUAACCUCUUUACUGAGAGCUCCCCCCAGUGGAAGGUUUUGUUAUUACGCACAGUCAGUUUUGAUUUUCUGAAAGUCACAUUUUCAGUGUUCUUAUCCUGAUUUUUUUCUUUAAAUGUUUCCAGUUUUCUUUUUCCUGUUAAGGCCACAAAUCUCCAGGAAUAGUAUGGAGAUCAUUAUAGGGCAGUGGAACAUACAACUGGAAGCAGACUCUUCUUUAACCCCAAAGGUUUAUGUUCAUUUUUAAAACCUAGUAAAACAGUCAAUAAUGAAAUGUCAUGUAAUGGUCAGGUAUGUUCCUUCUUAUCAGGGGUUGCUGAUAUUUGAAGUUGGAACAAGCAGCUGUGAAAACGGUGUCAGUUUUUUGUUCAGUUUUGUAAAUGCUGACAGCUGCAUUUAUAUGUCUUCUUUGUGCUGCUUUAAUUCAUAAUACAUAAUAACAGUGGUGUAACAAUAGACAGUGCUGGAACAAGAUUUUCUGUCAGCAGAUUCUCUUAUUUUUAUGUGCAGUUAAGAAGCUGGGACUAUUUCACCCUGCUUUUUCUGGUGCAAUCAAAUGCUGUUGUACAGAUCAUAACAAGAACUUAGCUGGGCUAAUUUACCACACUUUUGUUAAAUGCAAAAGUUCUUUAGUUUUCUGGUUUGUUUUAUAGACUAUAGGUCAUGGCAGUAAAAAAAAAGCUUUGAAGGAGGCUAUCGGAGCUUCCAGGCUGCACAAACUGUCUCACUUUUUGUCACCACAGAGGAAAGAUAAAGGAAAUAUUGCAACUUUUAUUCCCACCAAGGCUGUAGCUCAAAGAACCUCCCCAUAAAACAGAGAAUUGACUGACUCUUGCUCCCUCAUGUUGAUGGUGUGGAAACUUAGCUGGAAGAUUUAGAGUAAGGGUGCAUGCAGGCUUUUGACUGGACUUCACUGUUGAAUUUACCUCUAUCAGGUGGACUGUAGACGAGAAUAAUGAUGAGAAAUGACUAGAUGCCUUCUGCUGUGACAAUGGUUGUAUGAAUUAACCUUUAUUACUAAGAUUCAUUAACUAGAAUAUUCUGAAAUAUGGCUUUUUAGGGCUGUGAAUUGUAUCAUAUUCACAUAUGUUUUAUUGCUUUUUCUUUGCUUUUUUCCCCCCUGAACUUGCUGUAGCAUCCCCAGCACACAGAGAUUAUACAUUUAGAGCAGAUUUAUGAACAUAGCAAUGAUGAUGACGAUGAUGAUGAUGAUGUGAUUUUUUUGGGGACGCCUGUGUGUGUGUGUGUGUGUGUGCGUGUGUGAGUGCGUGCGUGCGUGCGUGUGUGUGUGUGUGUGUGUGUGUGUGUGUGUGUGAGGGGGGGGGCUUCACGUGUCUUCAAGUUAACUUCAGAACUGAAACAAGACUCUUGUCUUUUACAACUUCUCAGGAAAAUCUACCUCUACCUCCAGUUUGAUGCAUUUAACCCAGGAAGGGCUCACGUUACAGUUCAGCAGGUACACAGAGAGAGAGGUGACGGUGGGCGCCACGCAGAGUCCAAAAUGAACCUCGACAUCGCUCCAAAGUGCUUUAGAUUAGCUGUGAUUUCAUGAACACACACACGAGAUUGUACUGAAAAGGAGUAAUGUGUGGUGUUUUUAUCACUGUCAAAGAUGUAUUUGUCGAACCUGAAGGUGCAGGCUGAGAGGUUCAUUUUGGACACUCUGGCUUUUCGUUUUCUCUGUCUGUGUUGCAGGUUUGUAACGCUCCUGCUGUUAAGUUUAUAUGAGCAUCAACAACAGGGAACCUUCAGCUCAACUACUACUAGUACUUCAACAAGUACUGCCGCUAGUACCACUGUUAGUACUGCGACUUUUAUUUUCACUCUGUUCUAUUAAUGUGUGCUUAUUCCUCCUUUUUUCUAUAAAUGAUUAAAAAUUUUUGAUGAAUGGGAUGUUUCCCGAUAACCACAGGAACAGUGAAGUGGCAGCGGGCAAUGCAACUGUUUAUUUUUAUUUUAUUUUUCUUUGUUUUUGAAGGGUGGAGAGCUAUUCUUUCCUAUUUACUCAACAUGUGUUUGUGUGAAUACUUUUAUUUGAAUCUGAAAUUAAUAAAAUAUCACCUUUCUUAAAUGUCA